AUGGGGAAUACCACCUCCUGCUGCGUGUCAUCCAGCCCCAAACAUCGGAGAAACAACCACUCAAGGCUUGAGCCCUACCGGCCAGAGCCGGAGCUGAGCCGGGAGGACACGGGCUGCAACCUCCAGCACAUCAGCGACAGAGAAAACCUCGACGGUAAGAUACAUUAAUGAAAAACACAGAGAACAAUACAUCAAAUCACCAAUGCGUUGCUAAGUUAAUUAAUGUUGCAGUAGCAGGACAGUGGGUUAUUGCGCUGCUGCAGAAUUAACAGAUAAUGAGAGCUUGCAACAUCUGUGCAGCGGACCCACCCACCAAGCCACCCAUUAGACCAAUAAACACAGUGCUGCUGUGGAUCCUCUUUCAAUGCACUACCAGUUUGUCUAAACAUCAGCUGCAGUUGUUGAAGACCUCCCAUAUCAGUCAGUCAGUCAAUCAAUCAAUCAAUCAAUCAAUCAAUCAAUCAAUUCUUAUCCAUAAAGCGCCAGAUCACAACAAUCGUUUUCCCAAGAUGCUUUCCAAAAGAGCAAGUACAGACCUGACUCAUUGUUUGACGUAUUACAAAAAUUCAACCCCGAGAUGGGAGAAGACUUUACCCAUCUCAUUCAAUGUGAGUGAAGCACUUUGCUGUAUUUAGCAUGUUACUGUGGCAAGGAAAAACGUCCCUUUAACAGGCAGAAACCUUAAACAGAACCUGACUCAUGUCAGACAGCUACCUGCCGCCCCUGGGUUGGACAGAGAGAGAGAGAGAGAGAACAACGGUGAUGGAAAGAAUAUGAAUUCUGUUUAUGUUUAUGAACAACAGCUUCCUUUCUUGCUGUCAGUUUGCAGUAAUCAGGAAGCUGUUGUGGGAAAACUAAUAAGCUAAUGGAAACACAGUAACCAAAUGUGGUCAUGCAGGAAAAAUUCAUUUUUCAGGACUGUAACAGAACUGAUGUAAUAAUAAUAAUGCAUCAGAUUUUAAAGCGCUUUUGUCAGUGACCUCAAAGCACUUUACAUUGGAUACAUCAUUCAUUCGCUCACACAGGAGUCACUACAUUCACUACCUUAGGAGUCACAGCUGCCCUGGGGCAGGCUGAUAGAAACGUGGCUGCCAGUUUGUGCCUAUGGCCUCUCUGACCACCACCACACAACACUUACACUCAUACACUAGUGGAGGACACACACUCUGGGAGCAAGGUGGGUUAAGUGUCUUGCCCAAGGACACAAUGGACAGACCAGGGAUAGGACGGGGCUCGAACCGCCAACCUUCCAGUUAUUGGCCGACUGCUCUACCUCCUGAGCUACUGCUGCCCCAGUGCCAGUAAUAUUUAUGUUUAACCAGCAGAUUAAUAAUAAAUUAAUAAAUGCUGUGUUAACCGAUUGCAUGUGAAAACUGGUAAAUUAAAGUCAAUGCAAGAGUAUUUUCAUUGCAGCAGUAAUAGUACUACUGUGUCGGUGUUAUAGCACUUAAAUAAAAUUGUAGCUACUGAGAAAUUUUUGUGUAUCAGGUCAAGGUGGAGCUGGAUUAAACAAAAACUGCUGCAGGGAAAUCUCAGGCAUCUCAAAAGUUCUUGAAUACGGGCUGAGAAAUCCAUCAAAGUGCAUUUUCACUGUUUCUCCCAGAAUCCCAAACCUAAACUUUUAAAAUCCAACACCAGAGCUGUGUCUUUUUAAGGAGAUAAAUGAAGCAGCACAAAAAUAGAUUUAAAAAAUCACAUAAAAAAGGCUUGGAACUUAUGGUGCAGACUAGGGUUGCACGAUUCAUUGACUUUAGAUUAUGACGAUGUUAAAAAAAUAAAAAUCAAUCAAUUUUCCUAUCUAUCACGCAUCUGUAUUCACAUCUGGCUGGUCGCCGUAUAGCUGUGUGCUCCAGUCACUAUGCACACCUCUGGCUAGAGGCUAGACUGCCUUAGGUAAGACUGCCUUAAAAUUCUGGUUCACUGCGAUGUCGAGUGGCUGAAGUAUUUUUGUACAGCCUCCAGGAAUAAUGGCAGGUAUGAAGUUGUGGGUUUUAGUUUUGUCUUUAAUGUGUGCCGUUAAAUGUGCUCACAUACUGUCCAUCACAAGCAGGGCUUUGCAUGUUUUAAAAAAGCCAUUAACUCUUGGCAUUAAAAUGACCAUUGGUGACAGUUUGGAACCAUCUCCACUGUAUGCAAUCAACACUGUGAAGUUUGAUUUCUCAUGACCAGUUGUCACUAUGCUCACAUUUUUUGCCCUUUAUCUGCAACACUUUGGCUCAUGGGGAUGUAAAACAAAAGGGGGACCUCAUUCGUGUUAAUAUUAAUUAUAUGACCCAGCGACACAUUAUGUGUCAUUACAACUUUUGUAUGAAAGCACAGAUACUGUGGGCUCGGAAGUCUGAUGGCAGUUUCAGACACACUGGGCUCUAUUUUCGUGUCUCGCCGGCGGUGUGGUGCAGGCGCAGCAUAAGUCAGGUCUGCCGCACUGAUGAGGCGUGCCCAAGCACACUUAGGUAUCUUGGUGAGCGGCGCAGCCUGGCGUAAGUAUCCCCCCUCCCUAACUCAGCUUCUUCCCGUGGUGUAGAUAGCAGAGAGGGAGGGGAUAAGGUGUGGAGUGGGUUUAACACAGUCCUGUUUUCACCAAUCACAUCAGCUCCUCUCCUCACCAUUAAAUCCACCACCAGCGAGGCUUAUUACAAUUUUUGUAGUAGUAGUUGUAGUUAAAGAGAUCAAGAGAUGGCUGAAGACAGCAGUGCCACACGAUGGUGACAGAAGGCAGCCCCUCAACAAUGUUGCUGUAAGCACUGCAGAGGGUGUCCUCCACACUCUCUCAAAUAAGCACAGAUGGAUUUGGUGUGUGUAAGGUUGUACCCACUGGUAAGACAAACACCCUUUUUAACAAAUAAAGACACUCACAUCAAGUUGCAUAUCUUUAAACCCUACAUGACAAAGGUGGGUUGUGCACACAGAUCACAACAUAAACAAAUUCCAAUAAUGGCAUUAAAAUUGGAACCACCUAUGUGUAAAGGGUUCAUGCUCCGUGGCCUGGCUCUUUCUUUCAUUGAUGUUGGCAUAUAAAUGAACUUGGCUCACGCAAUUUAACAUUAUAAUAUUCGUAUUUGGGACUGACUGCGGAUUGAAUAUUCACAGAAUUUUAAGGAUGUGAAAACAUCAGAUAAAUAGGUAGUUUUGAAUAAAAGUUUCUUUAAUUUUUUUUUUCAAAUUUUCAAGUAAAUAACUCAUCUGAUCACUAAAAUAAAUCAUCUGUCCAGGUCGAGCUGCGCAAGAAAGAAGAGGAAGAGGAAAAUUGCGGAGACGAAUUAAAUAUCUCGUUCACUUCAUCAUGUGUGACUGUUUACUGGAUAUCUAAUUCAAUGCAGUUUUGGCUUUGUUAAUUUGGUCAGGUUGAGUGUCCAAACGUGUGCCAAAUGCGCUCAUCAUAUAUAUAUAUAUAUAUAUAUAUAUAUAUAUAUAUAUAUAUAUAUAUAUAUCUGAUAUAGAUCAGAAUGUAUCGAUAUCUUAAUGUAUGUGCUAACUCAGACUGUUGCACUGAAUAUUGGUUGUUGUUGAUUAUUUAUUGCACUGAAAUGUGCCUGAGAUUGUGGGAACCUGCCGGUGAGGCAUCAGUGGUGUAUGUGCACUACGCCACCGGUUUACUAAAAUACUACUAGACGAGCUGCUCUUCGCCUGCGCUGAAAGCUGACCAAGUUUGAAUCAGCGAGCUUUCAGCGCACUUUACACGCUGCCAGCAAGCACGAAAAUGUCACUGCGCCAGCUGAUUCUGUCGACACCUCCCCCUACCACGCCACCACGCCCAGCUUGGUGUACCUUGGUGUGCCUCAGUCUACCAAAAUACCAAACUGGCUGUGCGCCUGGCUCCGCUAGACAAAAAAAACACUUAGCGGGGUGCGCCACCCUCUGCCAUGCCAUCGGCGGGCACGAAAAUAGAGUCCAUUGUGGUUCAUCCUCUGAUUGACAGGUGGUUGUGUUGCAUGAAGCAAUGGCAUCAUGAAGGCUUGCCAUCAAAAUAAUUAAUUUUCAUUUCUACCUAGGCAUGGAUGUAACUGUCCAUUGAUAAGCCCCUUCCAGCAGCACACUGUUCAAAGAUCCAUUUGUGGACUUGUUCCUCCAGCUCUGGCCAUGGUGCUUUUGGUUAGCCUUUUAUGUUUUCAGAGCAGAAAGAUAUACUACCUCUGAUUUUUGCCAGUCCCUGGUAAGUUUCUCACUUACUUUAUUAUCUGUGAUUUAAAUUCUGUGAUAUAGCUUUUUCCUUUUUGGAGACAUUUUAUCAGUGUUCUCUCUGUCUUUAUGGUUUAGUAGUGUAAUUUUUUCAGUGAUGCAGUAGCAGUGUUCAGUGGUCACGAGUGUGGAGGGUGCCUUCUUGUGGUCAUAUGCCGUGUAUUUUUUAUAUAUAAGUCGCUUUCAAAUAUAGGUUGCAUGACCAGCCACACUUAUAGUCCAGAAAAAAUGGUAGCUCGUAUCUACUGCAGAAUGGCUGUGACUUUUGCACCUCAGGAGAACCAGCAUGACCCUGCAGAGGGAAAAUGGAGCUUUCUGUCUGUGUUAGUGGUGACAUGGAGUGGAGCAAAUGGUGAAACUAGUGUUGGUGCUAUCUCUAAGUAACCUCAUCCAAAGUCUGCAGCAGGUUAACAAUAGUGUAAAUGGGAACCUGUUAGGUUUGAACGUCUUCUUCUUCCACCCUCAUCCAGAAGGUGGUCUGAGUGAGUCUAUGGUCUUGCGUCAUCUCCACCAUGUGUCAGAGUGUGAACGGGAGUGUAAGGUCAGAACAGCAUGUUGGAGGGCGAGUGUGAAUUUGUUUUCCUGUGGGUGGUGAUGUGAUAAUGGUGAAAAGUAUGGGAGGGCCAUUCGUUUCCUACCGGGUGCUGACAGGAAAUGACCAGUCACGCGUGCAAUGCUCAUUAACACCCACACUGUACUCUUCAUAUUAAAUGUCCCCACGGGGCCUGUCCACAGGGGUUUAAAAAGCUAGAUACAGAGUAAUAUCAGUCCUGUUUUAAGGUGGAAGAGAACUUAAAUACAUAUUUUUAUUUAGUUAAAACACAGUUCAAACUUUGUGUCACCAUUUAUUGAUUUCAAGAGGGCCUAACGAGGCUGAAAGUCUAAAAGACAUCUGAGCAUCUGAUUAAUUGUUGACAGAAUAACCCAGUGAUCAAUAAGGAAAGGGAGGAUGGGAGAGGAGGUUACUCAAUUAAUGUUCAAGCUUUAGAGACGAGAGAGACUGCUUCCGUGGGUGAAGUAACACCCACAGUGGAGUGGGAUAAUGCUGCUGCUGCUGCUGCUGCUCGACUGAUGAACCACAAUAAAGGGGGCGGGGCCAAAACAUCAAGCUCUGCACUUGGCCUGCUCCUGGAAAGCCUCCAGAGAGGUGGCCAAUCAGAAAAAAGUGGGCUUGUGGAGGAAGGGCGUUAAAGAGACAGCAGCUAAAACAAAGCCUUUAGACAGAGGCUGAAAUAAUGAUAUUCUAAUACACCACUGUGAGAAACAGGAGGCUUUUUUAAACUGAAAAUCACAUAAUUAAAAAGUAGUCAAAAAGGAAGUCUAGAGUAAGUAUAGUGUCUAAAAAUAAAUGCAUAAUACCCCCUCUUUAAGGUCAGCUAAUCACAGUAUAACCUUUUAUUGGUCAACAGAUCAAGACAAAGAUGGCAGCUCUGUUGAACGUAGUCUGCUUCAAACAGAAAUGACCCUGUUUCACUAAAAAAGGACACAAGACGUUACUGAAUUUCAUCCCCCAAGAUAGAUGAAGUAUUCUGAUUCUGAUAUAUCAUCACAGAUCAACUUUGUUUCUGAGGAUCUCAACAGUCUCUUAACUUCACCUGUGCAUGUUGUGUGUCUGCAUCUUUGCAAUAGUCCAUCUAGAUGCAAGUUGGUGAUGCACUUUCAAUGGAGCUGAAAUCAUCUACAUCUUGGGAACACUUAGGUCAAGGACGAUAAUAAAUAUUGCUGGGCGAUAUAUUGUCCCACAAAUUAUUGACUAUAAACAAUAUUAUUGUUCACAUUAUCUAGACCAAAAUAACCACUUAUGUAAUGUUAAUAAAACAUAAUACUGCAAGUACACCCUUUCAAAUAUGGGGUGCCGUUUGUAAAGCAGCCCAUUAUAAAAACAACAGCAAGAUUUGGUCAUAUUUAGCAAAACAACAGCAAGAUUUAGUCACAUUUAGCUUCAAACAGCACUUAAAAAAGUGAUGUGAAUUUUCGGCAGUCAUUUUUUUGCACAUUUACAACAACAUUUAAAUACUAAAACUAAAUGUUAAAUGUUAAAUCUAAAUGCUAAAUAUAAAUCUUAAAUAUAUAUGUUACAUCUAAAUGUUAAAUCUAAAUCUAAAUGUUAAAUCUAAAUCUAAAUGUUAAAUAUAAAUCUAAAUGUUAAAUCUAAAUGUUAAAUCUAAAUGUGUUGGGCGAAACUAAAUAUUUAGCUAAUAUGCAAAUUCACGGUCGGAAACCGGAAGUGCCAAAAUAAAAGCUCCAGAAGGUCAUAUUGAUGAUUCUUGUGUCGAAGAAAACGAAUUAAAACCAAUUUAAGGGGGGAACAAAUACUUGGGGUGACGUUUCGUGUUAAUAACUACCUACAAUAGCGACAGCAACAACAAAAACUUUAUUAGAAAGACUUGAGUUUUCAGUGUCGCUUCUCCGUAUGGCGCGGACACUGUACGAACACACGCACACACACAUGCAGGCGCACACGUCAUACUACUCCAUGGCACCUUAUCUAUUCAUGAAGUGCUUUGGCCAUACGGGUAACGCGGACGACUGGGACGCAGGAAGCCGGGGUUCGAAACCAUAGACUGUAUAUAAGUAUAUAUGUAUAGACUAUAUAUAUGUAUCUUAUAUACAGUCUAUGGUUCGUACAGUGUCCGCGCCAUACGGAGAAGCGACACUGAAAACUCGAGUUUUUCUAAUAAAGUUUUUGUUGUUGCUGUCGCUAAAAAUAAAACAAACAAGAAACAAUAAAAAUGCUGGCUUUUCAACCGUAUUAAAGGCAGCAUUUCUUUGGCAAUGUAGUGAACUACACUUUCUGAGAGCCCACACCAUUUUGCGCUGUUCUGACUGUACUUGCUUUGUCGAUCAAAUGCUUCAUUAAGUGUUGAGUGUUGGGCCGGCGGCACUGCAUCUUGGGGUGCAUUUUUUUUUCCCCAGCUCGAAAUACUCGACCGGGUGAUAGUGUUUGAGGUGGGCAUGCAAGUUCAUUGUGUUGCCUUUUUUUGUCGCUACCAUUUUUAAACAAAGUCAGCAUACUGGCUCGUCUGUGUUGAUGGUCCCACCUUGCUCAUUGGGCUUGAAGCCAAAAUAUUCCCAGACCAGGGCUGUGGCAUUUGGCUUUGCUCUUCCAUGCUCCCCACAUGGGUCACUAACUGCGGUCUACUCUGUGUAUGUGGCUCUGUGGCCCCUCCCCCGUAGAUACAAAGAUCCUUAAUGAGUGACAAGAUGGACUUCCUUCAUUUCAUUCCACUAAGGCAAAAACGCACCCACAUGCUGAGACAAUGCGCAGGGUGAACCCCCUUGCCAUCCUGCGUAUUCGGAGGUGUGAGACAAGGAAAACAAGUACACGCAUGCACAUGUCAAUAUAUGGAGGCCGGAAAAAUUUUUGAGUUCAUUUUCAUUUCUUCGUUUGGUUAUUUGAUAUAUUGAUUAUCGUUCCAGCCAAGGCACAUGGGAUGGGCAUUUUAAGACAGUGCCUUGAUCGAUUAAUCAAAUAUAUCAACGAUCAAUCAUCGAUUUAAUCAUUUUUUUAUAUGAAUGGCAAAAAAUACCCCCCCCCCGUUCUGCACGAUAUAUGCUCCCUCGAGCCUCCUACCUGCCCGGUUACCAUAAUAAUGUUUGUUUUUCAUUCAUGAAACCCUUAAAUCAGGGACAUUUCAACUUUAGCUGGGGACAGAUCAUCCAAAAUGGGGAGCUGACAGCUCCUUGCUGGCAAAGAGCUGUCAGUAGGUUCAGAUCAGAGCACUCGGAGGAUUCAUUAACCUCAGUUGAAUGUUUGUGGUUCAAGAGGUACAUCAUUGGAGUCAUUGUCGUGUUUUUCUUGUACACAGCAUUGUACUGUUUGCAGCAAACCUCAUAAUUUUUCCGCAACCACACUUGGUCUUGCUUUCUUUUAUAAUAAUAAUAAUAAUAAUAAUAUUAAUUACUUCACUUCAUUGCUGAAACACACACACAGACACACACACACACACAUGCAGACACACGCACACACACACACACACACACACACACACACACACACACACACACACACACACACACACACGCAGACACACACACACACACACACACACACACUAACUGGACAGUGAGGAUAUCCCUCCCGAUCAGCAGAGGUUGAUCUUUGCUAAAAACAGCUGGAGGAUGGAUGCACGCUGUCAGCCCUUUUUAAAUAAAGAUAGAUCGAUCGGAAUUUUGCGUGAUUGAUGUAAAAAUGCACAGCUAUUUCUAGUAUGCCUGAGCAGGUGUGCAGUUUUUAGAAGGUGUAAAAAAUCAACAGCAGCAGUCUGUUUCACAUGCUAAAUAUGCUUUUGAGCCUUUUUAUGCAGUUAUCCUCCACUCACUCUGUCUGAGUGCUAACUGUUUCAAAUAUGUGUUGCUUCCAGUAAUGAUGAUAAGAUGUGGUGACAUUUACAGUAAAAAUUAGGGCCCGACCAAUAUGGAUUUUUUGGGGCCGAUGCCGAUUAUUAGGGGGGGAAAAAAAUCCAAUUAUCGAUUAAUUGGCUGAUUUUUAAAAUUUUUUAUGAAGUUAUAAAACAUAUAUAUACUGUAGAUAUCUUCAGUAUACUAUACUGUAGAUAUACUGUAGGCUACUGCUCUUCACGCCGACGGGAAGACCUACUGAUCAAACUCAGACCAGAAAAGUGUUUUCAAAUACCCAAUAUUUAAUUGGCUUGCCGAUAAAUCGGUAGGGCGCGAGUAAAAAUGUCCAGUUUUGACAAAGACUUGAGAAAGGAGACAGGCUUUGCAUCUCCUGUCCAUGUGGAGUACAUGUUUUUUGGCACUUCAUGGUCUGGAGGUUAUCCCAAAAACACUGCAGUUAAAGAAGCUACCUUACACAGGUAGCAGAAAAGGGUGAAUUUCAGUGUGUGAAUGUUCAAAAUUAGUAAACCGCAACCUUGCAAGGGAAGUGGGGAGGAACAGCACUGAUGUCUCAGCAAAGCAGUAAGACUCCAACCAAAAUCAGGUCAAAAUGCCUCUUGGAAUCACAUCAGUUUCCCUCCACAAGGCAGGUUUCCUCCCAGAGCAUUGUUAUUCAGUGUGAGCAGUUUGCUGUAAAAAGGCCCUUCAGCGUCACUGCUGGGAUUGAGCUGCUGUAGAGGGUGAUGAAGGAAGCCUCUCUGAGCUUGGCCCUCCUCAGUUGGUUUGUUACUGAUUGUUUAAAAACCAAAACACAUUUUUUUGGUCUAAUUCAGGAAACAGUGAUUGAUCAACAGCUGUUAUGGUAGUCAUUGAUUCCUUUGAGGAAUACUUCCCCAAAAAAAGUUGAUCAGACUACAAUAAGUGAUUAUGAUUUGAAAAACAUGUUUGCUGCAUAUAGAUUUAUUCAUCAGAGGUAACUUUAAAUAAAGUGCCGAGUCACUGCAUGUAUGUUUGCAGCACUCAGAGUCAGGGUGGAGGAUGUUGUUCAGCCUUAAAGUGAUUUAAGAAGAGGUUAGAAACAAAUCCAAACACAUUGGUAUGUUAGGUUUCUCUCAGAGUGUAUGUGUUUAGGAAAGGAAGCAGGGGGCAGGAACUGGUUUGGAGCUGGUUCUACUGUUUGCCUUCCUAAUCUGUUUACAUGAGCCUUUAGGUAACAACCUUUUGACCCCUGUCACUGGGCCUCUAGUGGAAUUCAAUAGUCAGAAGACCUCUGAACCUAAUCUACUAAAGGACACAGCUCGGGUUGGGUAUCGAGAAUCGAGUAUCGAUGGGGACCGGGACUAACAUUUCGAUUCUUCCGGUAUCAUUCAAAUAUUAAAAUUUCGAUUCCAAGUUUCAAUGCCGGAGUUCACCGACCGAAAGAAAUAGCUGCCGAAAAUCAACGAAGAAGAAGCCGCUUAACACGAACGAGGACGGAGCGUAUGAGACGAAGCCACACAGAAAGUGAAGAGAGACAGAGAGGGAAAGUACAUUGCAACCCACAGCAAUGCAGCCGCUGUGGGUUACAAUGCACUCUCUCACUCUGUCUCUCUCCUCUCUCUGUGUGUGGCUUCGUCUCAUAGGCUCCGUUAGGGCUGCACGAUAUGAGAUUUUGGUCAUAUCCCGAUAUGGCUCAUUUUAUAUCCCAAUACGAUAUACAUCACGAUAUAGUACAUUUUUUGUAAAUUCAAUUGAUGCAUAGUUUAUAUAAAAUUGCCACGUGGAAAUGUAGUUUAAAUUAUAUAUUCAACAAGUUACGUUACUAAACAAGACUUCUUCUAUUUAGAACCCUCUGAAAAAUAUUGAAAACACUUUUCAAUAAUUCAACAUUUGUGUAAACAACAAUUAGAUACACAAGGUUUAAUAAUGAAAUGAACAUCCAUACAUGCCAUAGGCUAGCUCAUUCACAUGACAUCAGCAUGUAAUGUAGAACGGAUUUUGAGUAACUAAAUAUUUGAGUGAGGGAGGAGAGAGGGCCAAUAACAUCAGCUCCUCUCCUCGCCUUUAAAUCCUCCACCAGUGAGGUGUAUUACAAUUUUCGUGAAGUAGUCAAAGAGAUCAAGAGAUGUCUGAAGACAGCAAUGCCACUCGAUGGCGACAGAAGGCAGCCCCUCAACAAGUGUCGCUGUAAGGGGCGUCCAGCACACUCUCUCAUAUAAGCACAGAUGGAUUUGGUGUGUGUAAUGUUGGACCCACUGGUAAGACAAACACCCUUUCCAAAAAUAAAGACACUCACAUAAAGUUGCACAUAUUCAAACCUCACGUGACAAAGGUGGGUUGUGCACACAGAUCAAAACAUAAAUUCCAAUAAUGGCAUUAAAAUCGCAACCAUCUGUGCAUAAUGACGCAUCGCGCUCCGUGGCCUGGCUCUUUCUUUCGUAGAUGUUGGCAUAGAAAAUAAAUUUGGCUCACAAAACUGAAUAUUAUAAUAUUUGUAUGUAGGCUUAAAGUAAAAAACUCAUCUGAUCAUUAAAACAAAUCAUCUGUUCAGCCACCGCCGCAGCAGCAGCUGCCGCAGGACGGAGAGAGGCAACGGAGACACGUCAGGUGUUGUGCCAUAGAAUGUACCCCUGCCGUAGAAUGCCCCCCUGACGGGAGCGCGGUUGAAGGUACAUAAUAAGGCGGAAUAAUCCAAGUUUUCCUUACCGUUGGACUGAUUCUAAAGCGUGUGCCUUAAAUGAUUUCAUUCAGGCUAUUCAGAUAUGCCGAAAACAAUCGCCCUCUGAUUCGGAAUAUUUGCUGCCCCGAAAAUAUAAUUUUCUCUACCAUGACAGCUAACUGUACAGUUUAAAUACCCAAGUACACCUCUGUAUGUACUUUUUUUAAAUACCUAAAAACAGAACAAAAGUUUGCUGCUCCAUUUGACAUGUUGUCAUGAUCCAAUACUCGUGUUUUUUUUUUUAAAUAUGAGAUAAUUUUUUUUCCACUUUAAGAAGCUAAUGAGUGGAUGGGAUGCAGGGGAUGCAUUCUACGGCAUAACACCUAUCGAGCUGCGCAAGGAAGGAGGAGGAUAAGCGGGGAGACGAAUUAAAUAUCUUGUUAAUUUCAUCAUGUGUGACUGUUUACUGGAUAUUUAAUUUGAUGCGGUUUCAGCUGUGUUAAUUCGGUCAGGUGGGGUGUCCAAACCCGUGCCAAACGCGCUCAUCAGAUCAGAUAUAGAUCAGAAUAUAUCGAUAUAGAUCUACAUGUAUGUGCUGACUCAGAAUACAACUACAGUGGUCUGCUCCGUGUCGCUCCUUAUAAAACCAAACCACGACCACACAACCGACAUUUGAUGCACGAGAAUUGUCAUCUCUUUCGCCACAAUAACCCGGCUCCUCCAUGCUUGUUUGUGUUUUUCACAGUGGCAGUAGCGCGUGCGGGCAUGCAAUAUAUGGAGCGUCACGACGUAAAACACUGCCGUAAAGCGUGUUUUUACGAUACCGCGAUAGAAACGAUAGAACUCAUGUAUCCCGAUAGAAAUUUUCUAUCGUUUAGACGAAACAUAUCGUUUUAUCGUGAAGUCUUACGCUCUGCCUCGUUGGUGUUAAGCGACUUCGUCCUCGUUGGUCAAAAGUUUGGCAAACUUUAGCAGGAAGAAUGAACUCUUAUCUCAAUGCAACAUUCGCAAUACAGUUAUAUCAUGCAAAGGAGGGUAAAUGACCAACAUGAUUAAACGCCUCAGGAUUCAUGGAGGAGAAAUACCCGAGUGCUCGUCUUUGACGCGCUUCGCACCCCUGACAGGAGCGCGGUUGAAAGUACACAAAAAGGCGAAGCAAUCCAAGUUUUCCUUACCGUUGAAUGGAAUCUAAAGCGUGUGCCUUUAAUGAUUUCAUUCAGGCUAUUCAGAUAUGCCGAAAACAACAGCCAUCUGAUCCGGAAUAUUUACUGUCCCGAAAAUAUAAUGUUCUCUACCUUAACAGCUUACUGUACAGUUUAUAUACCCAAAUACACCUCUAUGUGUGCAUUUUUGAGACACAUAAAAACAAAACGAAAGUUUACUGCUCCAUUUGACAUGUUUUCAUGAUCUAAUACUUCUGUUUUUUUUAAAUAUGAGAUCAUUGUCUUCCACUGUAAGAAGUUAAUGAGUGGCGGGGAGGCAUUCUAUGGCAGGGGUGCAUUCUACAGCACAACACCUGUCUUCCGCUAACCAGUCAGGAUCAGAUAAGUGAAACAAUAAAUUACUUCUGUCCUCUGCUAACUUUGAAGCGGUAAACAAAUUGUACUGUGUACGGUGAGUAAACUUAAAUAUCCAACUAACGUUAGCCCUUGUACGUUUUCAUAGACAAACGACCUGACAACAAAAAUUGAUAUUUAUAUAUUGGUUGAAAAUAGCCCUGUGAGAAAUUCAUAGUAAAGUUCUUAAAAAGUUAAUAUGAUUUAAAAAUUCAUGGAGAAGUUCAGAAAUUUCAUCCAAAAAGGAGAGCUCCGGUUAGCACCCUCAUCCAACCUUUGCUUUUUUUCUUUUUUGAUAUCCUGCCUUUUAAAAGAAUUGAAAUAGAGAAUCGAUAGGAAUCGGAAUCCAAAUGAGGAAUCGAAAUCGGAAUCGUUCAAAACCAAACGAUACCCAACCCUAGACACAGCUCAAUUCAAUGCUGAGAGACAGCUGGUUAGUAAAAGGACUAUGACGUUUUGACUUUUAUGUGUAAAGAUGUGAAGAGAUGUAGGGGACAGUUUUUUUUUUUUUUUUUUUAGUUUGUUUUACGAACAUCUCGUUAGCCACUUAAUGACUCGCAGCAGGUGAUUUGGGAGACAACCUAGCAGUAACAAGCUGAAAGGGGGCAUGACGCCACCCACUGUAGCAGUUGCAGACAUGCUCAUGCCAUUAAUAUGAUUCCUGCCUGGUGCAUGUAAACUGAAACAAGGACAGUAGUCCCCAUCUAUUAGCUGAACUGAAAGUACAUGUAAACGUACUAAAUUAAUCCCUUACUUUUCUAGCCUCUCAAAGAUGAGACAAACUGGGUCAUCCUUUUUAACUAAUUAUGCCUUACAGUGAGGUCAAUGUUUUAGUCCUUUCAAAUGUCCAACACAAACCUUGUUCAGUUUAUUCUCCAGUUUUUGGCCACUAUGUUGCUUCAAAAUGACUGUAAGUCAUGAGAGAGGAAAACUUACCAUGUCCAGACAGUCUGCCAGCAGAGUAAAAUUAGAGUGAGUUUAUUUAUGAUGGCUAAAGGAAUGCAUCAUUCCUUUUUUUCCAUUAAAUUUCCAAUCAUAUCAGCAAUUGCACUCUGAUUUCUAUAAAUCAUUCUCAUUUUGAUCGGGCCAUUUUCUUCACUAAACUGAUUUAAAAAGGUCAUGUAAACCCACCUAAUGAUAAAAUGUUCAAAUCAGUCAUCUUAAUCUUUAGUGUACAUCUGUUUUCAUCACUAAAGCUUAUGUCCUAAUCAGAGUGAAGAAGCUGAUAUGACACCAGCUGAGCUCUUUUGUUUGUUAUUUCAUGAAAAUUUGGUUUCCACACAGUCUAACUGUCUGCCAGCCUGCCUGUGUUUGUGUUGUGUUCAAGUUUGUGUGACGCAGGAUCCACUGAGCAUGUGAUUGUGAAAAAAAAAUCAUCCAAGAGAACAGCUGACAGUGAUAACACACAGCUCUGUGUGCACAGACAGAGCACACAGAGCUCAUUGAACAGCCUCCUUACAAGAGUUGGAGAGUUUUUUCAGCUGGACCUUUUCACAAAUCAACAGCAGAGUCUGAUUCAUCUGAGCAGUCACCACUCUUUACAGUGACCCUGUAUGUUUUCAUCGUAACUCAUACAACGGCCAGGAAUAAAUGGCUGGAGAUUGAUGCCUCUCCUGACAACCUUGUUAUGUCUAUUUGUGCUCAGUCUGUCAUGCUCUAUAGGCUGCACCUCACAGCUCCCAAUAUAUCUACUUGCAACUGCACUCUGCCGGGUUGUUCAGGGUCAAACAUAUCACUCGUCUGUGACUGCAAUAAAGACAUGUCGUGGCUGAACACGUCUGAAUGGCUGUUCAGUUUUAUGGCUACUAUCCACACGGAUGUAAGGUAAUCGAUUUGCAGGAAGAGGAACUCAGCAUUGAGAUACUCCUGAUCUGUGGCUGAUGGCUCAUAGUGGUCACAGAGAGGAGUCAAACGACAUGACGCCUUCGGCUUGAAUGCAUUUAACAUGAAGAAAACAAUGGUCGUGUCGCAGAGUUUACUGAAGGUAGCUUUUAGAAAUUUGAUGAUGUUUACUGGCAAAGUUUUUCUUAUUUGAAGAUAUGCAGAUGUGACUUUUCAAAAAUGCACACAGAGUGAAAAAGGUCAAAUAAACUCACUAUAAUGCAAAAUACACAUUCUACACACGCAUGGCUGCAGUGAUCAAUUAUUUUAGUCAUUAAAUUAUUCUGGUGAUUAAUUAAGUUAUCUAAUGAAGAAAAAAAAACUGUCCUGCACAUUCACUUACUAUAUACAAUUAUACUGAAAUUACACGCAGGAAUAUCAUCUCUUUAAAACUUUGAGGGCAGUAUUUAAACAGUGACCACAGAGAGGGUAAAUGCCAGUUAUUUGCUACGCACACACCAUGGUCACCCAUAUGUACCUUAGCUGUGCCAACCGAGUCAAAGCAGUCUGGACACGCCCUUGCACAGAUUGAAACCCCAGUGCUGAUAGGCUGUCAACUUUACUCAACAAAAGCUGAAGGAAACGUUUUUGUUUUAAGCAAGAGGAAAUGUAACCAAACCUAAACUUCUGUAGCAGUAAGACAGUAAAAAGUAAAAAGGUGACCCCCAUACUGGCUGCAAGAGGAUUGACUGCUCGAAUAUGGCAGAAAUCAUCAUAACAUUAUUUUGAUUGAUAUCAUGCCUAUAUGAAGUCAUUAUUUUAUGAUUUGACAUCUGCAUCACAGGCAUUAAAAGCAACCUAAAUCUUCUUAAAAGCUUCAUUACGCUUACUUAUUCAAUGAUAAGCUUCAAAUAAGUAUAGAUACUUCAUGGUUUUAUGCAGCAUUUAGCCUUUGGUGUAGAAGGUUUUAUAAAAGGAAUCUGUUUUGUAUUGGUUGUUAUCAUUAUUAUUAUUAUUAUUUUCCCAGAGUCUGCAGCCCUGUAUGAACAAAGCGUAUUGUUCAAAUAUAGAUUUAUAAUACUUGAUGGCAGUUGCCAUUUAUUGUGAGCCUGGCUCCUGUGUUGUCUUUGGAAAGAUCUGAAAGGACUCUGCAGAUUGAGAAGGAAAUUCUUUACCAUUUCCAAACAAACAGCAGAGAUAUUUUUAGCAUGAUUUGAUCAGAGGAGAGUGUAUUGAGGUAUUUCUUCACAGCGGCUCUCAGUGAGGGUAAUUUGGGCCUCAGUUUUAACGUUUCUCUGAGAGUGAGACUGAACAUGAAACAGAUGGACGUCUCACUCUGUUUGGGUUUUAGUUAACAGAGACAUCUGUAAAUGAGCAAUGGCUGCAGGCCUCACAUUUGUCUCUGUCUCAUCACUGUGAAAGUUAGUUAUUUCUGGAGCACACACACACACACACACACACACACACACACACACACACACACACACACACACACACACACACACACACACACACACACACAUAUUGAUGAGUCUUGCUUGCAGGCUAAUUGAAAUCUGGACAUGGAUUAUUCAUGCCUGGUUGAUGAGCCUGGGGAGUCUCCUAACUAUGAUUUGCAGACAAGUUGACCUAGAUGUGCAGGAUAUGAUCCCUUAUUUUACAUUGGCUGAGGUGAAGGAUGCCUGUGUUGUAGAUUUGUAUGCACUCUGUAGAGAUGCACCAAUUUAUCCGGAAAGCAUACUCUCUGUGGGCUCUAUUUCCGUGUACGCCGGCGACGCGGCGGAGGGUGGCACAGUGUCAGACACAUUUCUGUGCAAUAAAUAAUUAAGUCAAACUGAGCCAAAUUUAUUUUCUAUACCAACAUCUAUGAAAGAAAGAGCCAGGCGACGGAGCGCGAUGCGUCAUUACGCACAGAUAGUUCCGAUUUUAUUGCCAUUAUUGGAAUUUAUGUUGUGAUCGGUGCGCACAACCCACCUUUGUCACGUGAGGUUUGUAUAUGUGCAACUUUAUGUGAGUGUCUUUAUUUGUGGAAAAGGGUGUUUGUCUUAUCAGUGGGUUUGAAUCGGCGAGCUUUCAGCGCACUUUACUCGCCGGUGGCGAGCAAGAAAAUGUCACUACGCCUGCUGAUUCUGUCGACACCUCCCCCUGCCACGCCGCCACGCCCAGCUUGGCGGAUCUUGGCUCGCCUCCGUGCGGCUCAGUCCACGAAAAUUCCAAACUGGCCUUAUGCCGGGCUCCGCCAGACGAAAAUACAACUGCGCGGGGCCCGCCACCCUCCGCCGCCUCACCGGCGCGCACGAAAAUAGAGCCCCAAGUGUUUUGUUUCUACUUAUUUGAAGCGUGGAUCAUAGUUGUAGAGACGUCCACACAAACAUUGAAUUCAACCAACAAGCGAGGUGUACAGGCUGUGCUAAUUACAUUGAAUAUCAAUUGAACGAAUGAUACACGGAUUCACUGCCCCCUAUCGGCCAGAAGGGGCCAGAACGAGUGGGGUCCGUGACGUCACUUUCCGGCGCCACUUGAGAUUGCGAACUCAGAUUGAAUUAUGAGACACUUAAGGCGGGGCCAGCACGAAAACGAAAAAGCAUUUCUGAGUUUGGUUUUUCUUUUUAAUUUAGUCACAGAAUGAGCUGUCUUGAAGAAGAAAAUGAAAAUGCAUUUUGUAAUAUUGAUUUUUAUUUUUAUUUUUGAGUCAAAUAGUGCAGCCAUGACUUUGAAAUGUAAAAGCAUUUCUGCUAAUGCUUUUGAAUUUUCGAAUUUGACAUUUCAAAUUGAAUUUUGUUACCUUUUUGCUGGUGAAUGUUUGAAAAUUGAAUGUGAAAUGUGAUUUGCUUUUGCUUUUUAAUUCAGUCACAAAAUGAGCAGUCUUGAAGAAGAAAAUGAAAGUGCAUUUUGGAAUAUUGCUUUUGAUUUUUAAUUUUGAGUCAAAUAGUGCAGCCAUGACUUUGAAAGGAAAAAGUAUUUCUGCUAAAUGCUUUUGAAUUUGAGAUAUGAGUCACAAUCGCUUCCAUACAUUAAAGGCAAAACAACAGAUUUCCAAACAUGCAAUAACAAUGGGAUUAAUCAGCAUCACCCUCUGACACUGUGAUUAAUCAGGAUCUGACAAAUUAACCAUUUGGUGUCCUUUAAAUUAAUAUAACAAAGCAUCAAGCACUGCAUCAGAAGAGCUUGUGCUCGUAGGUUUUAGUUUUGAAAGCAUUCAAGUAACUGUGAGGAUCUAAAUAAAAAAACAUGUGGUCUUUGGUGAAAAAGAAAGGAGGGCUGAGCUCUUCAAAGAGAAUCUGAACACCUCUGACUGCAGUUUGAUGAGCUGCCUGAAACCAGGUCAGCAAAUGUCAGAUUUUAGUUUCAGACUCUGGGAGAGAAAAAGCAACAGAUUCAGAGUAAACUCAGAGUUUUAUCCAGACAGCUUAGAGUCUGGAUUACACUGUCCCUCCAUGUUUGGAAGAGUUGGGGUUAUCACACCAGGACUGAACAAUAAAUCAUAUUUCAUGCAGCGUUAUAAUCAGUAUCACAUAUAUGGGUUGUAUCUUCUAAUGCAUUCUGGUGCACUCCUUAAUAUAAUCCCAUUUUUGCCAUAUCAUCCAAAGAUAGGAGAAAGAGCUGUUGAAAAAGAAGACAGGUAGGCAGCAUGCUCCAAAUAUUGGACACUGGUGCAUAAGGUGUUUGUAUGACUCUGAAUCCGACUUGCUGCUCUGAUUCACUGUCCAUGCUCCAUAAAAACAAUUCAUCUGCUUGAGUACUCUCUCCCAACACCAACAGUGUGUUCAAAAGGAGUAACACGUCAUUUCAGAGGUAAUGGUUUCCAUUUGAAAAACAAAUUAAGCGAUUCAUAGAAUGUUAAUGGAAAUGCAAUUGUCUGUGACAGUCUCAUGGUGUCUGAUUUGGCUUGACUCGCUGCACGCCAGGGAAGAUGCAUCUGCCGCCCGUAAAUUAUCUGCUUGCGUGUUUGCUCUCAGUGCAGCUGUCUCCAGAGGAAUUCACAUUGUAAUGGUGCUGCGCCGAUGAUGAAGAGGCAGGGGACAGCAGUAAACGCUGGAAUAAUGGAAAGAGUCUCAGUGUGGCAGAUAUGCAUUUAUUUUCUUCUGAGCUGUUGGUAAUAUCAAUCCUGUGGGGUCUUAACAUCACUUCAGACUUAUAUCUCUGAAAACCAUGAGGUGCUCUUUAGAUAAAACUUUGGUUCAUCCUUCGAGGAUAUUGUUCACAGUUAAGAUCAGUUAAACUUCACUUCAUGCCGCUAACUUAAUCCUCCACUUUUUUAUGAGUGGACUUGGUUUUGAAUGAUGCACAGCUUGUUGUGGAAAUCCCAAAAACAUGUUUUCCUCUCAAAUUCAUCCAGUUUAACAGCUUGUCAGCAGGCAUUUGCCACCAAAUAUGACUAUUGCCCUGGCUCCACAGUCAGUUAAGCAGGAAAUUAAUGCAACAUACAGACUUUAUUAUUAGCUAAGGGGUCAAGUUAGCCGUAAGAAUCAAGCCACAGGGACAAAUGUUGGCCUGGGGGAUCAGGUGCACGCCCGUCAUGAUUAGUCACAAGGUUGCUGGUUUGACUUCCCUCCCUGACCCUUUGCUGCAUCCCAUCCCUCAUGCUAUGCCCCACAUCUCUUCUCUCUUUUUUAGCUGCCCUCAAAAGGGACAGUGCCUGUUUAUUUUGAUUGACACUGGUACCAUGAUUUAGACACUUGAACACAUCAUCAUAACCUAUUUAUUUACUUUCACAGAGUUCUUGUUUUUGUGACUGGACCUUGAACACCUCAUAGUGUCAGCGUAUGUCACCUCGCCACUAUCCUGCUGAUUUUAACAUUGGAUAAUGAUUUUUAACAAACAGGACUUGGUGUAAAGUCUGACUGUGUUGACCCCGGCUGCUCUGGGUGAAUAGGAGGAUGGCAGCCCUGCAGCAACAGCAACAGCAGCAGCAGCAGCUAGAUAUUAGAGUAGUUUCAAGCUGCAGACAGUCAAAGGUUUUUCAUUUUGGUUUGAUUUGAUGUACAAGGCUUGUCUUGCAACAUAAAUUACGUUUUGCUUCAUCUCAGUCUUUAACUUUGGUAAAUUCGCCAAACUUUGGAUGUCACAAACAAGUGAGCACCAGAUUUUUUUCCCUGUAGUUUAAUUCCUGUCAGCUGCCAAUUAUUUUUAUUUUUUACCUAAUCUUUAUUAGAUUGUCUGAUUUAGGUAUCAUUAUAUGAAUUCACUCAAAGUACAGUUACUUCCAAAAGAUUUGAUCGCAGACUCCACGAGCACAAAUGUUCUUAUUUGUCAGGCUUUGAAAAAUUUAUAAUUGGGUUUCUGAUAGAACUGGGUCUUGGUCCCCCAUUCGUAGUCCUAAAAGGACCAAAAGAUAAAAAAAAUGAGCAAGCAGGCAAAAAAAUUUCACACAGAGCAGUUUUACAAAUGAAGCAUGAUAGAAAUAUUUCACUUAAUCGGUUUUGGAUGUGCAGCCAUGAUUAACAUGGGUGACGUCUUUGUGUUUGAUGUGUUGCACUAAGUCUGGUAACACUGGUAAGACAGCAACUUACAUGUGACUUUAUUUGAUGUCACAGCUGUUACAGAAAGUCUGUGUAAUCUCAGAAGGACUGCCAUAUGAAUUUAAACAGAAAGAUAACUUGAUCAAAUUUCAUGUUCUUGUUUUGGACUGCUCCUGUCCUCUGUCCACCAUGUGUACUUCCUUGGUUGUGGUUUGUGCUGACUGUCUUUUGCAAUGCACCCUGUCAUUGUUUUGCAAGACAUGCAGAACUAAGUGGAAAGCAUGAAACUUCAAGCGUAACGGUCAAAUGAUAUCAACUUGAACAGGAUCUAAUUUCCCAAGCAAGUCAUGAUGCUUCCCUCUGGCCAGAGGGACCCUGAAUGAAGGUUUUCCUCAUGCCUAACGGUCAGAGCAGCAUUGAUACUGCUGAGAGGGAAGCACACCAAGAGGAUUUGUGCUGUAAAGAUACUUGACCUCUGUGUGUUGUAGUUUUGAGCUGCCAAACUGUGAAGCUUGAGCUCUUUGUCAGCUGUGUAGUGGAGCGUAGGAAUGCCAGUUUGCCUUUGUGAUCCAAGUCUUUACUUCAUCCUUCAGGGUGUAUUCCCUAAAACCAUCUUGUCAAGAGUGAGUUUGUAGGAAGAGCAGAAAUCAGCGAGCCCCUGUGGUCGGGUGUCUGAGUGGAUUUCCAUCAGUGCUCUUGAGUGAUAUAAUCAGAAAUCAGCUUACAUAAUGCAAUCUGUCCGUUUGCUAGCUGAAGUGGUGCUUUCAGCCACACACACAAACACACACACACAUACACACACACACUUGGAAAUGGGACUCAAUGGCAAUCAGUUGUGGUGUUUGAGAGCUCAAGAGAUCAUUUGGGUACAGCUGUCAGCAGGCCACUUGCAUUACUGGUAUAUUUGUUCCACAAAUGGGGACAGUUUGUCUUUGAGUUGAGAGGCCAAAGUGCUAAAUCCUUCAGUCAGGGUUGGUCACUGGAAGACAGGAUCCAAAGUCAAGAUUUAGAUUUAAUACUUUAGAUUGUUAUCCAAACCAGAGCAAUGGAAGAAGCCAUAAGGUAUGAUCAACUUAGAAAGAUGAAAUAUGAGUCUAGAUACUCUUUCUUCAGUGCUUGAAACUGAUGACAGCGGCUGUAUACAGUACAGACCUGUAUUUAUAUGUGUAUAUAUAUGUAUAUAUGUAUAUGUUUAUGUAUGUAUGUAUAUAUAUAUGUAUAUAUGUGUAUAUAUAUCAAUCAAUCAAUCAACUUUAUUUCUAUAGCACAUUUAAAAGAACCACAAGGGUAGCCAAAGUGCUGUACAGUGACACAUAAAAACAAAUAAAACAAUCAAAGAACAAGAUAAAGCAAGCAGAAAUACAGUAAUGCAAAAGAAUAAAUAAGUGUAUAAAUAAGGAGGCUCACGGCAAGUGCUAAGAUGAUAAAAAACAAAUUAACACUACAAUGUACUAAAAGCCAAUGAGUAAAAGUGCGUUUUUAAAAGGGAUUUAAAAACAGGAAAUGAGGAGGCAUGUCUAAUUUUCAAGGGCAACUCAUUCCAGAGCUUAGGGGCAGCAGCGGCAAAUGCUCUGUCCCCUCUGAGCUUCAGCCUUGUAUUUGGGACCGUCAGUAAAAGCUGAUCAGCUGAUCUUAGGGGUCGGGGUGGGCAAUAAGGCUGGAGCAUCUCCGAAAUAUAGGGUGGAGCAAGGUUGUUCAGGCCCUUAAAAACAAAUACUAAAAGCUUAAAAUGAAUUCUAUACUGAACAGGGAGCCAGUGUAAGGACGCCAGGAUGGGGGUGAUGUGCUCACGCCUGCGGGUCUGUGUCAGGAGACGUGCAGCAGAGUUCUGCACAAGCUGCAGGCGGGCAAGGGAAGCCUGGCUAAUCCCUACGUACAAGGAGUUGCAGUAAUCAAGACGGGUAGUGAUAAAAGCAUGGAUUAAUUUUCCAGGUCAGGUCUUGAUAAAAUGGGCUUCACCUUCGCUAUUUGGCGUAGCUGAUAAAAACUUUUUUGUACCACCCCGCUGAUCUGCUUCUCAAAUUUAAAAUCAGGGUCAAACUUAACUCCCAGAUUAGUGACGACCUCUUUAAGGUAGGGUGAGAGGGAGCCUAGGUCGAUGUUGGGGGGGUGGCCGCCACUUGGUCCAAACAACAUUACUUCAGUCUUGUUCUCAUGAAGACUGAGGAAGUUAAAAGAAAGCCAGGCUUUAAUGUCCUUAAGGCAGUUAGUAAGUUGUUGGACUGAGUUGGAGUUGUUCUGUGCUAGUGGAAGAUAGAUCUGACAAUCAUCAGCAUAAAAAUGAAAGGAUAUGUCAUAUUUCCUAAAAAAAGAACCAAGGGGGAGUAGAUAAAAGGCAAAUAAAAGAGGGCCGAGGAUUGAGCCCUGAGGGACCCCAUGUGGAAGAGGAGCUGUUGAGGAUGCAGAGUUGUCAAUUUGAACGCAGAAACUUCUGUCCGUUAAAUAAGACCGGAACCAGUCCAGGGCGACACUCUUAAUGCCCACACAUGGCUCCAGGCGAGAGAUUAAAAUGCUGUGGUCGACCGUGUCAAAUGCAGCAGACAGAUCCAGGAGCACAAGGACAACAAACUUUCCAGAGUCUGUUGACAUGAGAAUAUCGUUUGACACCUUUAAAAGUGCUGACUCUGUGCUGUGGAGAGCUUUAAAACCAGACUGGAACAACUCUGUGAUACCAUUGUCUUCCAAGAAUGGUAACUACUGGUUGUAGACAACCUUCUCUAGAAUCUUGGACAGAUAUGGAAGAUUUGAGAUGGGCCUGAAACUGGCACAGAGGGAUGGGUUGAGGCCAGUUUUUUUGAGUAGAGGUCGUGUCUGCCAGCUUUGGGUGAACACCUGAUGCAGCUGUAGAGUCAGUCAGAGUUAGCUGGAGUGAGAGUAUUGAUUUAUUGUUGCAUGGUUUUGGUGCAGGGGAUGUGCUGUGUGUUACUUAUCAGAAAAGAUCAAAACAGCAUUUUUUUAAAUCUAAUUUCACAUUAAGCUCACAGAAUUGUAAUGCUGCAAAAGAGCCCUGGAGUUCAUCUUCAGUUUUCUAUUUUAGUUGCAACCCAAAAGCAGUUUCCAGACAGCUUGAUCAAAAGAGCAUCAGUGAUCUUAAUAACUCAGAGUCUGACUGAAAUCUGCAGCACGUGUGUGUUUGUGCAUCACUGAUAAAGCUUUUGUUGUUCUGUGUAUGUGCUGGUGUUAGUGUUGAUAUAUGCACAGAGCCUCAGACUGUAUGGGAGCAUGUGUGUGUGUGCAUGCCAGCGUUCGUGUGCACAUGUGUUGUUGGCAAAUGUCAACACAGACAGAGUGCGACAGAGCUUGGCACAGACUGCCUUCCUGUCAUCCUCGGCUCCUCUCACAGCAUGACACCGGAUGAACCUCACAGGGAGAGACACACACAACAGUUUGGAUUAAACAAGAAGCUGUGCGAGGAGCAAAGGGUAAUGGUUGGGUAAUGCAUCACAGCUGAGCAGUCCUUUUUGGUCCAGGAAACAGGGUUUUAAUAGCUGGGUCUGUACCUUAAAAUCAGAAUAGCUCCACAUGGUUGAAAAGUCAAACGUGUAGAGGUGUGUGUUGGUGAUUGAGGGUUAGACAUGGCUGCUUUAUUGUAGUGAUGUACAGAUAUAGCUGAAGAAAAACAAACUGAGUUAUCCUGCCGAGUCAUGAAACCUGCACAGCUUGUGUCCCGUCUGCUGUCAUAUUUCCAGACUUUUUCCUAUACGCAAAGAGUAACUCGAACAUUAAACCUGGACCUUACAUGAGAAAAAAAUGAGCAUGAGGGUCAAAAGCUGUGGAAUUGCUCGAUGAAAGAAAGCUGUUGAGCUGCUAUUUUGUCCAGUGCUAUUCCCAUCCCUGAUUCUGUGUGCACACAAACAUAAGUGGUGAGCAUUCAUUUACCCUGUCCACUAUUUGCAUGAAUCUUAAAGAUGUUACACCUCCGCUACUAACUGUCCGAGUAACAGAUGUUUUUUUUUUUUUUUUUUUGUUGCAGUUUAUUGGCCUCUGAUAGAUAGAUAUGCUUUAUUGAUCCCAAACUGGGAAAUUCACAAAUUCACUCUGGUAUAGGGGCAUGGUUAAUACUUUGCAGUAGGAGGAGGAGGGAGAAGCAAAAGGAACUUUUAUGACUUUAUCUUAUUUCUCAAACAUAACAUGGCUUUCACAUUCUGUAUUCUGCUUCCUCUUCCAUACCCUCACAGCUGAACUCAGGAAUGUGUUGGGAAUAAUAACCUGUAGGAAAUCAGCUUGUUUGGGUGCAACAUUUAGGGAUUCCUGUUUUUAACCCCAGCCACUCCUGGAAACUUCUGUCAUCAGUUUAUUUCUAAAUCUUUCCCCAUGGUGCUGUUGCCUCUAAAUGGUCAUCUCUUUUCCAUGUGUCAGCACAUGUUGGACCUCCAUGUCUGUCAACCCAGCUGUCUCUUUACACCAUAAUUCCUGUUACAGAGCUGUGUGUGUGUGUGUGUGUGUGUGUGUGUGUGUGUGUGUGUGUGUGUGUGUGUGUGUGUGUGUGUGUGUGUGUGUGUGUGUGUGUGUGUGUGUGUACAGAUGGGUCCCAGUGCGUUUGAUAGCUUGAUAGCUUAGUGCCCUUAUGUUUCUGUCUGCAUGAGACACAUUUUAAACCUUUUAAACAUCGAAAAGUCGUUUCAUUUCUUAGCUUACUACACAGCCAGGUCCAUUUCUGCGCUGAUCCCAGAGCAGUGCAGCACACAUGUUGGUGUUAACAAGUUACGGUUGCUUCGUUUGUCUUUGUUCAUUUCCAUCUCAGAUUGGAUUUGAGGGAUUUUGGUUGUCUGUGCAGAAUUUGAGGAAAUCAAAGCUCAGUAUUUAUCAGCCAACAGCUUUCAGUCAUGUUACAUCAGAAAAGAUGAUGUCCUGGGAAAUGCUCUGGAUUGUGUGUUUCUGCUCUGUGAUGUUGCAUCAUCAAGCACAGUCAGACUCAGCAGUAAUUUGCCCAGCAUAGAGUACCGGCAGGUUGGAGAGGCAGAAAGAGAACAGAAGAAGAAGAAGACAGCAAGCCCGGCUGUCUGUCUUUGCCUUUGAUGAGCCUGCCUUUUAAGCUGGCGUUGCCUAGCUACAGAAAGCAGAGGAUGCUGGGGAGGAGGGGUGAGAGAGAGGGCUGGUUUAACAGCUGAGUGUUAAGUAAAGGAGCUAAUUGACUCUUUCACACAAAUUUUCUUGUCCCAUCUCACCUUUUUCUCUCUGAUUUUGAUAUUUCCUUUAUCUUCCUGGUCAGACUGUGAGGGUUGAAGCAGAGUGCACUUUGUAACACUUUCAGUGAGGCAAACAAACAGCCACACGAAGACCAAAGGUAUGAAUGCUGGGCAGCUCCAGUGUGACAUCCCCUUUAAAAUGUUGCAGUCAUCGUUCAUCUUUAGUGGCAAAUAUCUAACUUUGGAUGCUUGAAAUAGCAAAUGUAAAGGCCAAAUUGUUUGAUCAAUCAUUGAAGAGUCUGUAAAGACGUAUGAAAAAACAACAGAAGCCUGCUCAAGCUCUGCAACUUCAAGUUUGAGGGUGAUGAAAGAUAAUCAAGUUUUUACAGAAUAUCUGAUGUUGCAAUGCUCUCUCGUUAAGCUGGACAGUUUGACUGAAGGCUGGAAAAUAAUUUGAGCUACUGGCCCCUUUAAAUGAGACAUCAAUAAUAAUUUAGACUGUCUGUUAUUGCAGCAUCAUUCACCGCCGCCUCCUUUUUCUCUUUGAACAUAAACCCUGUUUUCUGUGUGAGAGGUUCUCCCCAUCUGUACUCUGCUGCAGGCUGGUUAGACUCACCCUCAUCUAAUCACAGCCAUCCAUCAGCUGGUACUAGGGCUGCACAAUAUAUCGUUUGAGCAUCGUCAUCGCGAUGUACUUGUGUGCAAUAGUCACAUCGCAGAGCCUGCGAUGUCAGAGGCAAAUGAACUUAGUUAAUUUCAAGGGUAACUGACUGAGAUACACUGCAUGUGACUCUGCAUGUGCGGUGUAGCGAUCCACCAACCAAGUUCUCAGUUGCCAAUCAGACUACCCUGCCAGCUGUCAAUCAAAAUCAGAGAGGAGGAAACCACAUCCCUGCACAUGGAGUGAGUCGCUGGAUGCUGGUGUUGAGCCGAGAAACACGUGUCCACUGAAAAUUACUUUCGGAACUUUACUCAUGACCUUUAAGCUCAACAAAUAAGAAUUGUAUGGGUUUUAAAAUGUGGACCACUCUACUUUAAGCGGUGCGCGUUUUGCGAGGUGCAUGCAAUUCUCGGAGGACAUGCGUUUCUCGGCACAACACCGGUAACAACAACAACAACGAUUGCAAAAUGAGCAAUAAACAAGAGAAAACCAUCGAAGAUGAAGAUUUGUUGCCAAAAAGAAGAGAAAAGUCAGUUAUCUGGAAUUAUUUCGGUUAAAAAUAGGAUGAUAUCGACCAAAACACGUGUUCUGUGAUCAUCUGUCGCCACAAUAACGUCGCAGCACAAUAAAAGCUAAAAAUAUCUCUAAGAUAGACAGAAGCCAUUCUACUAACAUUCACAAAAAGAGGUAAGAUCAGUGCAGGUUAACUGUCCUCAAGACUUCAGCGGUGCAGCAUAACAUUAAAUGCUAUUCAGGUCAUCUGGUGAAAAUUCCUGCAUCUCUGCAAUAUAUAUUGCAGGGUUGAAAAAAAUCGUAAUGUUAGUUUUUUCCAAUAUCGUGCAGCCUUAGCUGGAACAGUAAUCUACACCAGAAUACACCAAUUUUAGAUGCUAAAGUUGUUAGUAUAUUCAAUUGUCAGGGUUUAUCAAAUGCAAAAACCAACAACACUGUGGUAUCUGCAUUAAAUGUUAGCUCACCUGCUCUGCAAAUAUCAGCAUCUAUUAGUUGUUGAAAAAUGUAUCUUGGUCGACCAGUUCUGCUGCAUGUAAAAUAAACAGAAAGACUGACAAUGAUGAAUCAGUCAUUUACCCAUUUUCAUAAAAAUGUCACCAAACCUCCUCAGUGUUAGUCUGACUUAGUCAUAAUUUUGCAACCUUCACUGAGGGUAAGUUUGAAGGUUCUUUUCACGGAAACAAAGGAUUUAGCCGGCAAAGUGAUGCAACAAGAAAAAAGACCAUUUCUUACUCCUAAACUCCCCAAACAUGAAGGUGAAAUUUCAAUUUCCAUCAAACAUCUGCUUGUCUCCUUGUCUCCUCUGCUGAGUUGGAGGUAUUUUUGUAUUCUGGUCAGGGAGAUUUUUACUUCACUGCCUUCAGACUGUUUCUAAGUAUAAAUCAUUUUCACAGAAAUGUUUGCAACACACUGAAAUAAAAGUGAUGUUUUACUUUCAGGAGUUUAUUUUAGACUUUUGACUCUUGGCAUUUGCCUCUGACAGAGCAGCCUGCCAUAUUUUGGCUACUUUCAGGUUUCCCUUUUAUAUUAAUGUCUGAGUUUGAGACUUGGAGCCACAGGAACUUUAGGUUAUGACCUCUGUGUUGGACCAAAACAGGAAGUCAACAAACUGUCAGAACAGCAUGGUGUUCCUCAAAUGCAGCAUGAGAUCUCAGAUGGACAAUGCACAAUAAGUCUUAAUAACAGUAUCUGAUAGUGCUGCACGAUAUUGGAAAAAACUAACAUUGCGAUUUUUUUCAACCCUGCGAUAUUGCGAUAUUAAAAAAUACAGGAAUUUUCACCAGAUGACCUGAAUAGCACUUUAUGCUGAAAUGUUGUGGACAGUUAACCUGCACUGAUCUUACCUCUUUUUGUGAAUGUUAGUAGAAUGGCUUCUGUCUUAGAGAUAUUUUUAGCAUACUUCUAUUGUGCUGGGACUUGUUAUCUCUUGUUUUGGCAACUGAUGAAAGGCACUGCUGACAGAACACGUGUUUGGUCGAUAUCAUCCUUGUUGUAACCGAAAUAAUUCCAGAUAACUGACAUUGAUUUUUCUUUUUGGCAACAAGUCUUCAUUUUCGGUGGUUUUCUGGUUUGUUGCUCCUUUUGCAAUCAUUGUUGUUGUAACCGGUGUUGUGCCAAGAAAUGCGUGUCCUCCGAGAGUUGCAUGCACCUCGCGGAAAUGCGUACUGCUUAUAGUAGAGUCAUCCACGGAAAUGUUCGAUUUAAAACCCAUACAAUUCUUAUUUGUGGGGCUAAACAGUGAUGAGGAAUGUACUGAAUGUAAUUCUUGGCGAGCAUGCUGUCUUGGUACAACACCAGCAGUGCAAGCGACUCACUCCAUGUGCAGGGGCGUGGUUUACUCCUCUCUGAUUUUGAUUGAUAGCUGGUAGGGGGUAGUCUGGUUGGCAACUGAGUAAAGAACAAAUGUGAUUGGUGUAUCGCUGCACAGCACAUGCAGAGUCACAUGCAGUGCAUCUCAGUCAGCUACCCUUGAAAUUAAAUGAGUUCAUUUGCCUCCGACAUUGCAGGCUCUGCGAUGUGACUAUUGCGCACACGUACAUCGCAAUGACGAUACUCAAAGAAUAUAUUGUGCAGCCCUAGUAUCUGAAUUCAAAUAUGUUUUCUGUAAAGCUCAGUUAAAUAUCCGACUCCGUCUGUAGCAGUAAUAAAAGCUCAACUCUCUCCUCUAAUGAGUCCACAUCACUGAUCUCCGAGUCUGCAGAUGUUUGCAGUUGACAAUAAGAGCUCAGGGAUGUAUUAGCUCUAGCAGCUGCGGUGAAGAUGCUGUUGAGGGUUUCUUCACUGUUGCUGCUGAUAGAAUUUGUGUGUGCAGAGAAAAAAAAGAUGUGGAGUGCUCUCCAGUCAUUGGCUCAGUUUGCAAUAACUCUGGCUUUUAAUGGAGUUUUAAAAACUUGGAUUCUGUCAAGGAAAGUUCCGAGUGGUAGCAAACAAAGAAAUCUUCGAGGAAAAUUAGCCAGAAAUUGAUGUUACUGUUACCCAGAUAUCAUGCCCAGAGACACACCUGAUUUGGUGUCCAUGUCUUCUUCAGAAGUUAUGUUGGCUGGUAGCAUCUAUUUCCACAGAAAAUUAAGCACAUCAGAGUUUACAGGCCUCAGCAUCCUAGGUUCAAAUUUUGGAAGACCUCCUCUGAAUAACAGAGGAGUCUGAGUCUGGAUCCUUUGGGGGCAGGAUUCUUUUUGGAGUUCAAUUUUGAUGCUUAAAAACUGCCAUUUCAAGGUGAGAUUUUUCUUGGAGGUGGUGACAGAAAGCUUCAAAUAUGCAAAUAUGUAAAAAUACUGAUAGUUCACUGUAAACGUGCCCUUCCUUUGACAGUACAAACUUGGAUUUUAUGAGUGUUUUAUAUAAUGUCUAGUAUUCAGCAAAUCAGAGCUAAUCAUCAAAUUUUGAAUUUGGUGAUUAUUUAGGGGAAAAAAAGUUUCAUAUUCUUGUCAUUUUUUCCAUCUAAUAAUAAAUGAUUUCUGUAAUCUAACCACUUCCAGUGUGCACAGAUGUGAUAUUUCCACUGAAUUAUUUCUCCACAUAAAUUCUUGUCUGUAUAGUUUUUAUUCUCCCUGCUCCUUCUUAUCACAUGAGCUGCUCCAAUAAAAGCACAGCAGCUGUAUCAUUGAGUAAUUUGGAGUUAAAUGCCAUAAAGCAGAUAAGAAACUUCCACAGAGGCUGGGUUUAGUGCCACUGCAGACCUUUUAAAAAGUUAAAACCAUACCUCCUCUAUGAUGUGCAAAGUGUUUUAUCACAGGUAACAGCCAAUUAACUGCCAGGUUCUCCCCUCAGUAUGUAUGUUAUCCACUAACAAUGCCCUCUGAGUGUGGCAGCAGUGCUUUUUCAUUUCACACUCUCUCUCAGACACCCUCACAGAGGUGUUAUCAGGGUCGUAUAACACUAUCUUUUAGUGCUGUGGUCAUAAAGUUCACACUAUAACAGGUAACAGAUAAAUGGAGCUUUUCUCUGCUGCAUCAGAUUUCACUUCAAAGGCUUUGGACUCCAGAAACCAGGGAGAUGAGACUCAAAUCAGGUUUAUUAGAAUUAAAGAAGGUAGUUUCCACUUGUUGCUUUUUUGUUGCCCCUUGAAUCACAUCUUUUUAGCAGCUUCAUUUUACACCGAUUCUAACCUGAAGAAGGUUAAAGCCAGAGUCAUCUUAUAUGGAAAUUCUUGUGUUCCUUGUAUGGCUGGGACCUUUUAUAGCAAAUCCAUUAAUAAACUUACGCUGAAAGGUGCAAAGUUAUGGCUCUUCCCUUUCUACCUUCAGCUUGCAGCAGAAGACGGUGACGACUGCAACAUAAUCCUUCAGGUUAAAAUUCCUCCUGUGAGAGUAAGCCAGCUCAGAAAGCACAUUUUUGCCUCCUUGACAGGUUAGCGCUGUGCUUAAACGCCUGAAUAGUAAAGGUAACGCUCUCUCUUUUAAAAUAGUAACUUAAAAUGCAUAGAUCAAACACUUUUACUAUGUAUUUUUUUCCUGAGCCGCACAGAGGGGUGCCACUUAACAGCUCUCACCCGUUUAGGGUUCUCACAGUUCAUGAGGGCUCAUGACUGUGUUUGACAGUGUUGUCUGCAGUACGGGGGCCCCCAGGGCACAGUUUUGGCUCCCUUCCUUUUUACCCUGUACACUGCAGACUUCACCUACUACUUUCCAUGCAGGCUGCCACCUGCAGAAGUUCUCAGACGACUCUGCCAUUGUUGGCCUCAUCACCAACGGGAGAAUGGAGAACUAAUAGGAACUUUGUGGACUGGGAAUCAGUGGAACUUACUCCAGAUAAACACUGGACUAACCAAUGAGCUGGUGGUUUAUUUCUGUAGGCGCAGACCCACACCGGCGAACAUUCAGGGGAAGGACAUUGAGAUUGUGGAUUCUGGGUGUUCACCUGAACAAUAAACUGGAGUGGACUGACAACACAAACUCACUUUACAGGAAAGACCAAAGUAGAGUUCACCUCCAGAAGAAAAUGAGGUCCCUUGAUGUGCAGGGAGCUCUCCUGAGGUCCUUUUAUGACUCUGUGGUGGCCUCAGCCAUCUUCUGUGGAGAGGUCUGCUGGAGCAGAAGCAUAAUGACUGCAGACAGGAACAGGGUGAACAAACUGGUGAGGAAGACUAGCUCUGUCCUGGACAAUAUUUCACAGUAUUGACAGUCAAUAUAUUCAUCACAGCUUUGUUCUCAGGUAUAACAACUCAAAUAAUGGGCAAUAAUAAGAUGUCCACUUCUCUUUUGUCCAAUGUGUCAAACCAUUUUUAGCUUUGUUAUUACUAACUUUUUUUCUUUUUUGAAUAACAUUUUUUUUUCUGUGUAAGUCUAAGUUAACUGUUUCAUAAUUAUCUGUACACUCUGUGCAUGGUGAGUGUACUUAUUCUUCUGUUUGCUGUGAACCUUUGUUGCUGUUAACACUUAAGAUUUUCCCACCGUGGGAUAAUUUAAGGCUUUUCUUAUUUUAUUUUACCUUAUCUUGUCUUAUUCACACUGGAAGAGCUUGCAGGUAUUUAACCAUGGAGGUGCUUUUGUUCUCACUCUCAAAAAGGGGGCCUGUUCAUUAUUUCUGGCAAAAACAAAGUGACUCCUGUGUGUACCAGCUUAAUGUAGCAUGCUUAUCAAGAGACACAAAAAGGCUAUGCUACAUUAGCUAACCACACAGCAAGCUUUUUAUCUGCUUAACAAAGAGAUGUUGGCAGUGUUGGAGCAUUUCAGAUACACCAAAAGUGACCACAGACUUAUUCCAGAUGACAGAGCCACCAUCUGCCAAACAUGUGGGGAAAAACUGCACCCAAAGUUUCGAUCAAAUCAAACUUAAUCUGGCAUGAGCCAGUUCAACACCAAAGUUAAGAUAAUGUAAGAUAGCUGCAGAAUGACACAGUAGUGGCAGCUUAUUAAACAUAGGUGUCAUAGCAACAUUUGCAGUCCAAAACUGGAGCAGAUGCUCCUCUUAAGGGCUUCAGUCACUGACAGCUAAACUUGGCUUCCCCUCGUCUGUUCGGAGUAAAUGCUAUGAUGCAUAUUGGCAUUUCGGGUUAACAUACUUGUUAUAAAACAAAACAUUAAGACGUUGCAGACUUAAUGCACUGAAAGAACAGAACAAUUUUGAGAUAUAGUUGCUCAAAAAAGCCAUGUAGGGUCAGACAAAGUUGACGCAUCAGUAUAUCAAUAUUAGCCGAGCGUCACUAAUCCGUAUCUCUGUGAAUGGGUCUGAAACACCUCAACUUAUUCAAUUUUUCCACGAGGCAUUAGCAACAAGGAAAUACAAAAGUGCCUGUGGAAGCGAUUCCACAGACCCACAGCCAAUCAGAUUAGAAUAUGUGACAUAUCAACAGAAAUGUAAACAGACAGAGGCAUGAAGAGGAAAGAGAAAGACUCAUCAAUUCAAUAUCACCAAUCAAUGCUGUUUGUGCAGUUGUUCUGUUUGGUGUUGAUGACAAUACAUCCUCCAGCUCAUGUAAAAGGGCAGCCAUGGUGCAUCCAGGAUCUGCCAGUGGUAGAGGCUGCAGAGGCUGGAGUUGUAGUUGUGCCAUCAUGUUAAAUAAAAGACUGUGAUUGGUACAUCCGCUACCGAUGGGAAAACUUUCAGACCAACAGACCUGGUUCCAGGAAAAAAAAAAAAAAGGUGCUUUAAACCGAUAUAAACUUUGAUUAUUGCUUCAUUGCUUUAUUUUGAUAAAAUCAUGAUCAUAUGCUGUGCUUCACAUUUCAUAUGGUAUUGUGAGCCACCAUGAUACAUAAUAAGUACAAGUUUUUGAUGUGGACCUUCUUUUAUAUGAUGGCAUGUUUUGGCAUGGCAUUUGGUGGUCAAUCCAAACUAUCCAAAGUCACGCACACACACACACACACACACACACACACACACACACACACACACACACACACACACACACACACACACACACACACACAAACAAUUGCAGGAAGCAUUAAUUUAGUAACUUUUCUUGUUCCUGAAAGUAAAAUAUCAGUUAUAAACAGAGUCUGGUGGAGCUCAAUAGACAUGGCCUUUUAUUUGAAAAUAAAGUUUUACAUGCAAGUUCAAUUAAUCUCAGAUCUGAAGUCUGCUGUGGUCCGAACCAGAUUACAUCAUCUCCACAGCAGCAAAGCAGUCUGCAAUCAGUUUUCUAAAAUAGUCCCCAGCGUCACAUCAACUACCACUGUGCAACAGUAUCCCUUUUAACAGAUUUAUUUUCAAACAGCAGCUACAGCAUGUGCUCUUUUCUCAAGCACUCCUAAUACAAGAUGUGCUGUGUGCUUCUUAUCUUCAGCGUGUGGGCGUUCUGUUUGAUAGCAGGCUGCUGACAGCCGGGCGGUGCCGUGCUGCACCAUCUGGAUCCCCUCCGGCUGGCUCUUCAGCAAGGGGAGCCAAAAAUCAGCAAAAGGUCUUCCUGUCUGAGCUGAUGUUUAAACCCUCAAAGCCCUCAUGACGGACUCAGAGGGCAGCCAGGCAGUGUGCCAGUUAAUGGCUAACCACUGUAAUACAGAUAUUCCUGUUCACAGGCUAACAGCAGAGUGAGAGGCUUCAAUUUCCUCUAGACCUGCAGGUGGAAAUUGAUAGUUAUUGCUAAAUAUACAGUAUUCACAGAGAGCAUUCUUAAAGACCCACUCUGAUGAAAAUCGUGCGUUUCUUGUUGUCUACAUGUCCAUAUGGCAUUUUUUCUGAUGCUACAGGACAUAUCAUAGGAAAAGUAGGAUCAAAAUUGCAUUUCUGAGUACUUCUGCAAUAUUAGGCUACAAGUUAGCAUGAAGAGGAGUGUGCAGAGCAGGGCUGUCUCCACUCACGACUCAGAGGCAAAUUACUAAUGAGCUACUGGAGCUCUGAAGAAGAAAAGUCCUUGAAAAUGACACAGGUGACGGGAUUUUGGCUAAAAACUUUAUAAUCACAAUCGAAUGACCACUGAGAACACUUAAAGUUGUUAAAAAAAAAAAAAAAAAAAAAAAAAAAAAAGAUCAGAGUGGGACUUUAAAUGUGGAUCCCUGACAUGCCAACACUCAAUGCAGGCUAAUUAAGCUGCUUAUUAAAUAGGGAUGGGAACUCUAUAUUGAUGCCAUUAUUGAUUCAGCUUAUCAUUUCAAUUCUUUAAUGAUCCCCUUAUUAAUGCCUUUCUUCGAUUUGAAAAAAGUAGACUAUAGGUUUUCACCGUUAACUCAAAAUUUGGAGUCUAUGAUAACAGAAACAGAUGUAUGCCACCUUCAGUGAGAGUCUAAAAUAAUCAAACAAAAAUGCUAUUUGUGCAGCAUUUCUGGCAUGCAUUAUGCUUAUGUAAACACAGGACAUAUGUUAGGGUGACCAUAUUCUGAAUCCCCAAAAAAGAGGACACUACUACGCAGGGUAGACUUGUGGGUGCAAUUUUGAGUUUUUUUAUUUUUUGGUCGGGUCGAGAGUUUUUUUUGCACUUCUAACUCAGUUAAAUGCAUAUUCUGAAUUCCCAAAGACUGUAUGCGUGCGUCGCGUCGGUGGCUUUGUUUAGAAGUGAGCAGAGGGGCAGAGCAGCAGAGAGCACUGAUGCGCUGCACUGUUUUAUAAUGAAUGGAUACGCGUUCCGGAUGUUUUAUAAAUUCCCCCGGACACCCCCCAAAAGAGGACAUGUCAGGGGUAAAAGAGGAGAUAUGGUCGCCCUAUCAUACGUACACUACAGGCCAAAAGUUUGGAAGCAAGAUCAGAUUUGUACAAAAAAAGAUCAUAGUUUCAUAUAUAUAAUUUGCAACACAAUAAACGUGACUAUUGUGUAAAGAGUAACUUAUCAGAAGACAUUUUGACUAUAAUUAUGAGGUAUUUGAGUUUUUCUUGCUUAGACUUUGCUUUCUUUAAAGUAACCUCCUCUGGCUUAACAACAGCUUGGCAUACCAGGCAUUUGUUCCACAAGUUUUUUAAGGUAUGUUCCAGGGAUUGCAUUCCAAACUUUCUUGAAUUCAUUAAAAAGAGACUGCUGAUUCGUGGGCCGUGUUUUUCUGACCGAUCGAUCCAAUUCAUCCCACACAAGCUCAAUUGGAGAAAGGUCUGGAGACUGAGGGGGCCAAACCAUCUUUUGAAGAACACCUUCCUCUUUUUUUUUUGUCUAGGUAACCCUGACAGAGCUUGGCAAAGUGCUUAGGGUCAUUGUCUUGCUGCAAAACAAACUUAAGAGCCACAAGUCUGAGUCCAGAUGGAACAGCAUGGUGCUGGAGGAUGGAGUGGUACUGUUCCUUCUUCAUGAUACCCUUUACUUCAAACAAAGCUCCUACUCCAUCACCUGCAAAACAUCCCCAUACCAUAGAACUACCACCUCCAUGCUGAAUUGUGGGUGUAACACAUGGUGCUUUCAGAUGUUCACCAGUUUGUCUGCGGACAUAGACUCUGCGUUUUGAACCAAACAGUGCAAACUUGUUUCUAGUCAUCAUAAGUCCAAUUUUUGUGAGCUUUUGCCCACCCAUAUCUCUUUUUCUUGUUCUGUGGACGAAGUAGUGUUUUUUUUUUUCAGAUACACAACCCUUCAGACUAGCCUUUCUCAAACGUUACUCCCAACUGUUCGGCCUGUACUGGCCUUGCUUCCAAACUUUUGGCCUGUAGUGUACCUUCAAUGCCGUGCUGAGACGGGGCAGCAGUGACUGACGACCGGUGUUCAACAGGUGUUGUGCCGUAGAAUGCACCCUGCCGUAGAAUGUACCCCUGUCUAGAAUGCACCCCAUGACGGGAGCGCGGUUGAAAAUACAUAACAAGGAGAAAUAAUCCAAGUUUUUUUUUACCAUUAGGUGGAUUCAAAAGUGUGUGAAUUUAAUGAUUUCAUUCAGACUAUUCAGAUAAGCCGAAAACAAUAGCCCUCUGAUUCGGAAUAUUUGCUGUCCCGAAAAUAUAAUCUUCUUUACCUCGACAGCUUCUUAUACAGUUUAUAUACCCAAGUAUGCCUCUGUAUGUGCAUUUUUGGGACACAUAAAAACAGAAUGAAAGUUUGCUGCUCCAUUUGACAUGAUGUCAUGAUCCAAUACUCAUGUUUUUUUAAAUAUGAGAUCAUAUUUCUUCCACUUAAAGAAGCUUAUAUUUGAUGCCGUGCCCCAUUGACAAAUGUUGAAGCAUGUUGCUGGUGUUUCCACCUUUACAUGUUAUUCCUGCUCAACAAAUGUUGCACUGCUGUCAUCUCUCUUAGUAAAAUUAAGCCAUGCUUUUGCUAGUUUCUGCCUACUUUUUGUAUCCCCACCAUGUUUUUUCCUCUGUCCUUGUUCCCGUUCUCGAGACUGGCACUUGCAAGACCGUUUUUCGAGGCACCCGGAAGAAAGGAAUCGUUUAGAUAAAAUGUAAAUGAUGUCGAUGGAUUGAACCAUUUGGAACCUGUUCUCAACAAGAACCGGUUCUCCAUUCCCAUCCCUAUUAUUAAAUGUAAUCAAGAGAGAUAAUGGGCUCUAUUUUGGUGCCUCGCCGGAGACGUGCCGCAAGCGCAGCGUCAAUCAGAUCCGCCGCGCUGACAAGGCGUUCCCAAGCACAUUUCGGUAUUUUGGUGAUCCGCGCAGCCCGGCGUAAGUAUCCCCCCUCCCUAACUCAGCUCCUCCCGGCAGCAUAAGUCAUAGACGGGGAGGAGAGAGGGCGUGGAGUCGGUUUAACACAGCCGAGACCUGUUUCCACCAAUCAAAUAAGCUCCUCUCCUUGCCUUUAAAUCCGCCACCGGCGAGGCGUAUUACUAUUUUCAUGAAGUAGUCAAAGAGAUCAAGAGAUGUCUGAAGACAGUUAUGCAACACGAUGGCGACAGAGGGCAGCUCCUCAACAAGUGUCCUCCACACUCUCUCAUCUGAGCACAGAUGGAUUUGGUGUGCGUAAUGUUGGACCCACUGGUAAGACAAACACCCUUUUCCACAAAUAAAGACACUCACAUAAAGUUGCAUAUAUUCAAACCUCACGUGACAAAGGUGGGUUGAGCGCACAGAUCACAACAUAAACUCCAAAAAUGGCAUUAAAAUCGGAACCAUCUGUGCGUAAAUGACGCAUCGCGCUCCGUGGCCUGGCUCUUUCUUUCAUAGAUGUUGGCAUAUAAAAUAAAUUUGGCCCACAAAACUGAAUAUUAUAAUAUCCGUAUGUCGGCUUAAAGUAGAUAACGCAUCUGAGCACUGAAACAACUCAUCUGUUCAGCCGCAGCAGCAGCAGGAAGACGGACAGAGGACACGGAGACGUGUCCAGGUCGAGCUGUGCGAGAAAUAAGAGGAAGAAAGAAAAGGAGGGAGACGAAUUACAUAUCUUGUUAACUUCAUCAUGUGUGUUUAUUUACUAGAUAUUUAAUUUAAUUUGAUGCAGUUUCAGCUGUAUUGAUUCGGUCAGGUUGUGUGCCCAAACGCGUGCCAAACGCGUGCCAAACGCGCUCAUCAGAUCAGAUAUAGAUCAGAAUAUAUCUAUAUAGAUCUAAAUGUAUGUGCUGUCUCAGAUUAAUAGUUGAUGAUGAUUAUUUAUUGCACUGAAAUCUGCCUGACACUGUGGAAACCUGCCGGUGAGGCAUCAGUGACGUAUGUCGAUACGCCGCCAGUCUACCAAAAUACUACUAGACCGGCUGCGUUCCGCCUUGCGCUGAAAGCUGACCAGGUUUGAAUCGGCGAGCUUUCAGCGCACGUUACACGCCGGUGGCGAGCACGAAAAUGUCACUGCGCCAGCUGAUUCUGUCAACACCUCCCCCUGCCACGCCACUACGCCCAGCUUGGCGGAUCUCGGCUCGCCUCCGUGCGACUCAGUCCACGAAAAUACCAAACUCGCCUUACGCCGGGCUCCGCCAGACGAAAAUACAACUGCGCGGGGCUCGCCGCCCUCCGCCGCCUCACCGGCGCGAACGAAAAUAGAGCCCAAUGUGUUCAACCCAAACAAGCUAAUCCUCCAGUAAGGUGUGUUUCAAAUAAUUUUAAUGACCGAUAUUUUCCUGGAGAGUGAUGAAGAUUCUUAACCAGAGUUUAUCAGAUUUAUCCAGAAUGGUAAAAGCUUCUGCAAAUCAAAAAAAGAAAAAAAAUGACAACCUGUUCAGAAAGUUGAAUAAGGCAACUGAAGUAUUACCCGGGCAGUUGAAAAUAUACAGUGAAAGAUAUACUUGAGUGGCUAAAAAUAUACUUCAGUAGCUUCAGAGAUAACUGGGUGACUUAGAGUAUAUUAAUAUAGACAAAAAUAUACUUGUGUAGCUAAUCGUAUAUUUGGAAAGCUGAAUAUAUACUUGGGCAGCCAAAUAUACUGGGGUGGCCAAAAACAUAUUCGGGCAGCAGAAAAUACACUUGGGCCAUGAAUUAUAAUCUGGACAGCUGAAACUGUACUUUUGAGGCUGACAAUAUGAUUGGGCGGCUGAAAACAUACAUGAGCAGCUUGUAAUGUGCUUGGGUGGCCGACCUUGGCAUUGCCUACUUUGUGUGUUCAAAGGACUGUGCCUCCAUUAGGAAUGGAUAAAUCAAAGCUUUGGCAGGUAGAAACUAAUAUGAAUUCACAAUUGAACAAAAGGAACUGCAAUACAACAAAUGUCAUAACAAAUCAAAUUAAUUGAUCUAAUUAAUAAAUUCAUCACCUUUAAAACUGUAAUUAAAGUGAUGAGCUACUUUUGUUUUAGUCUUACCUGUGUUUGGACUUAAUUUCAUCAGAUUGAUCAACACUUCAGUCUAUUAACUAUCCCAUGUACCUGCUCUUCUACAUGACCACCGCUGACAAGACAGUGCCUCUGUGAUGGAUUUCUUUUGCUUUCAGUUGGACGUGUAAAUAGGUCUCUCGCUUGAAUCGGGGGCAGAGGUGUGUUCAUUUAUCAAAGUGUAACAAAGGAAAGAGGGGCGCCUUUUUGCUGCUUCACUGCGUGUCUUUUGUCUAAUUACUGUCUUUGAAAAGGUCUCUUUGCAUGUGUUCAGCAGCGUUUCUGAAGAAGUGUAACUGGUGAAACUUAAAUCCACAUGCUGACCUUCUCCCGACAUGCUGCUCAUUGUUCAGCCGGCCUUCCAAACAAUAUGUAACCUCCCCUCGCUGCAUUUCCUCCCUGCUUCCUGGAACAGGGGAAGUUUGGUGCUUUUUAGUCUCCAUCAGGUUUGAGAAAGGGAGAAACUGGAGGAGGGUGGGGUAGUCCUAAAGGUCACUGAAACCAGCCAUCCAGGACAGUCCCUGAGUCUAAGGACAUUCAGCUUCCUGUUAGAGAAGUGACAUCACCAGGAAACGAGCCUCAGACCUCUGACAGGGAAUCAGUCUGACAGGGCCAUGUCAUGUCAUGGUGUAUUUUAAAUGGUUAAGGUUCCCAGAAAGAGUACAUCUCAGCUCCAAAAUGACACAUACAGCAUCAAUCCACCUAUUUUUUUAAAGCACAGUUUAAACAACAAGCUUAACAGAAACUCUAGCAGAGUGUUUCUGAACACUGCACAUGCUUUGUUUUAUUUUUUAUUAAUGACUCUGUAAUUAUGCCUUUCAUUUUACAUUAGACUUGUGAUUUAAUGAAGGAUUCAUAUUUUAGUUUAAGGUACAAAAUUGCCCUAAUAGGUUUAAGUGUUUUGAUGGAUAUUUCUGCAAUAAAAACAGAAGUCUCUGCAAUAGUAUUUUAGCUUGUUGUGAAGCUAUUUCUUGAAGCAUCUUUAAAUAUACUAAAGCCCCAAAAUCUGAACAACUUUAAAUUCAAAAGAUUUGAGCAAUUCAUGCUCUGGCUUUUCCAGUUUUAUUUUAGAUCACUCUGAAAAGGAUCAUGCAAGAAAAGCCCCUUGCUGACUUUUGUUGCUGUAGGUUAUCACCGCAUAUUACUCUGCAUGCAACAACAUAAAGAUGACAUCAGUAAAAGAUAACCAUGCUAGAUAAAUUAACUUCCUUUUGCACAAAGAACAGUCUACCUGUAAAAGUUUUUAUUUUAUAUUAUUUGAACAAAAUACGUCACUCCAGCAGCUGCCAGGUAAAGGUGUGUUUGAGUGAAGAAAAGCAGUGUUAGAAACAUGCAGUCGAAAUGUCUUACUACACUUAGUAACAGUUAAGAACAGCUCUUAUUACUCACUCAUGUUUAAUGGAUGUGUAUGUGAGUGUGUGAUGUGUUUACUGUAUACUUGACCAGCAGCUGAGCUGUCUGCAGCUUCAUUAAUCCUCCUUCAGGUCUCCUUUGCUUCUUCCCACACACACAUCUUUUAUUCAGCACUGUGUGUCAUUUCCUCCUUUAGCAUGGCUGUGUGUGUGUGUGUGUGUGUGUGUGUGUGUGUGUGUGUGUGUGUGUGUGUGUGUGUGUGUGUGUGUGUGUGUGUAAAAGGUAUGUGCUUGUGUCCUUUGAGGCUCUUCAAGUGGCUCUCAAACACAAACAGACAGAAGUUCAAAAGGAUCUGGACACAAUGCCUGUGUCUGUGGUGUAACCUUUAUUAAAAAGGGAAAAGGAGCGGCAGUGACCAUCACACUGUGGACAUUGACAGGAACGUUUUAUUGACCCUGAUAAGUUUCAUCAGGUUUUAGAGAGAGGACUGAGCUUUUCUAAGAUGCAUCCUCUCCUCUUAUUCUGCAUCAUGUUUUUAGAAGGCAAAAAGAGAAAUCUGAGGAAGUUUUUCAGCCAAGCAUGACAUUUUUUAAAAGCUUUUUGUUCCUUAUUCUGCACCCAGACCUGCAGUGCAGCCAUCAGUGCAGUUUCACUCUGUGUUUCAUUAAACUUAUUGCACCAAGUUGUACAUAGGGGAUUUUUGCACCAUGAGUAUUACACAAAAAGCUAUUGCUCCAUGAACACACCUGAUUGCUGCACUACAAUGAAUGUUGCACGAGAAUGUUAUUGCACCAAUGUAGCUGUCAUGCCUAUCUUUAAAAAAGACAAGCUUAUUUCAACAGGUACUAACUAGCAAUAGUUGUGUAGUAUGCUCAGUCGGGAUUUUCUUCUCUGAGUUCCAGGAUAUUUGGACAUAGGCCUGUAACGAUAACAAACUUUGCUGGAUGAUAGUUGUGCUACAAUAUUAUUGACACUGUUUUUUAAAUUAUAGAUAAUGAUAAUAUAUGGUAAUAUAUGAUAAUAUAUGGCAUAAUAAUGCGAGUACACCACUUGGAGGACAAGGUCCAGUCAGCAGUUAUGUAGUGUAUGGUUAGACUUAUGUAGGGGGUCAUGUUUGAGCUGGACCACAUAUCUGUGGUGGCGGAGUAAAAUGCAAUGUUAUUUAUGUCGUCCAGUACAUCCUCUUUCACUCUGUUAUAGAGUCCAGGAAUUGCCGUUUGUGAAAUGUAAGUUUAUCUAGGCAAUUCGUACUGUCUGACAAAUGUUUGUAACAUUUCUCUAAAUGCUGGCUUUUCGACUGUAUUGAACGGUUGCAUUUCUUUUGCAAUGUAGUGAACAACGCUGUCUGUCAGCGCGUAUUAUUUUGCUCUGUUUUGUUUAUAUGCUUUGCUUACCAAACCAGUAAGCGUUACCUGUCUGAACGAUGGCUCAGCAGCACUUUUAUUACCGCUUCAGCGGUACUUUUAUUUCUCAGUUGGGAAAAAUGGCGGGGAUGAUUGUGCUUGAGGUGCGCAUGCAUGUUGGUUGUAUUCCCCUUCUUUGUCACCACAACUUUCGAACAAAUGCGACAUAUCGGCUCGUCCGUGUUCGUGGGCUCACCUCGUUCAUUUUGUUUGAAAUCGAAAUGUUCCUAAACUGGGGCUGUUACAUUGGGCUUAGACACCAAAGCUGUUGUUUCAUCAUUCAUUGCGUUUGCUCGCUUUUCAGUCCCGACGCUCACUUGCAGCACUGUGUCUCCAAGUCUGUGUGCGUGUGUGCGCCAGCCUUGUUUUUAUUUACCGAGCGAUUUAUUGAUUAUCGCGACAGGCCUAUUUGGACACAUUCACACAAAUUUUUUUAAUCACACCUGCAAAGAUGCCAUUACACCAUGAUAUGGACCAGGGAUGUGCAUUUUUUUGGUCAACGCUUAGUCUACAUCAGAAUCACUCGUGAGUUAAAGCAUACCAUGCUAUAAUGCUCUAUUAGCUUGAUGUAAACGAGCACAGAAAACGGAUAUCAUCUCAUAUCAUGGUCCUUGUCAGUGUAUUGAUCUAGAGGAUAGGUGUUUGAUUAAUUUAACAUAUAACCACUCGAGUGACGCAAUUAUGAACCGGUUCAGGUAGUGGACAUCAACCUGCAAGGAUGACUGAAGGCUGGUGGUGCUGCAUCUGCUAGUGCUAGCCACAGCCCCAUCUGGGACCUGUGUUGAGCCGUGUUAUAUAAAUGGUGCUCAAUGGUUUCUUUGUUUUUUGACUUUUUAGUUAAGUCAGAAUUUAAAUUCCCUUUGGGGCAUCCCAGCCCUCCUUUGACGCAGUAGCUUAAACUAUUCAACUAUUCAUAUUUCACAUUUCAAAUGGGGAAAAAGCUCAUUUCUAAUGCUUUGCUUGCAAUCAUUAGGGUUAAACUUUUCCUUUCCCCCUGUACUGCAGUUUUGGCCAAGAAAUUGAUGCACUGGCUGACACUCUUAAACAUAAAUAUCCAAAACUCGCAUCUUUCUUUUCAAGAGCAGUGGAUGAAAUCAAGAAAAUUUUCUGCAAACUAAUAAAACAAGAGUCAUAAACUUUUUGUUUUUUUCUGUACCCCUGUGCUGUGUUUUUAAUGCCGUUUUUAUAGUCUGGGUGUUUUAUUUCAAAGAGAUGGUAUUUGUUCCUGCUAAUUGAGCCGCAAUUUCUUACAGAUGAAGAUUUUUUUUUUUUUUUAUGUCAGUUUGAAGUAGUUUUCAAAAGAUGUGCUUGUUUUAAGUAAAUCUGAAUGAUUAGUAAAUUGUUUGAAUUAGUUAUCCACAACUUUUAUUGCUUUACUCCCUUUUACAGUCACUGAUGCUUCGCUCUUAUCUUUUUUUAUCCUCUCCUAUCUUUUUCAUUUCUUCUCCUCCGCUCUCAAUUUUCUUUUAUCAGUCUCUGUCCUCAUUGUUUUGAUCUCUGCUGUCUGCUCUCCGUCAACCACUUCAGAAAUCUGUCACCCUCAUCUCUUCAUUUUCUGCCCUCCUGCCCUUUUCUCUCCCGUUAUCAGCCCUCUCUCGUGUUCGCCUUUCUCUCUCUCUCUCUCUCUCUCUCUCUCUAUUAGUCCAUCUGGGUGUUGGUCCUCUCUGACCCUUCCUGUUUCACUGACGUCAUCUUAGAAACCAGAAGGCUGCUCAUUGUUAUUUAGUGUUUGUGUGUGUGUGUGUGUGUGUGUGUGUGUGUGUGUGUGUGUGUGUGUGUGUGUGUGUGUGUGUGUGUGUGUGUGUGUGUGUGUGUGUGGAGUUUGAUUGAUCUGAAUAGGAUAUUGACCACAGCCUUUUGUCAACAGUUGAUUCACCUGAGGUUGUUAGGGAUAUUAAAUUAAUUCACCACCAUAAAGUUCAUGUCAGGCUGGAGGUGUGAUAGCAGCUCUACUGUUCAAACAAUUCUGCUUUUGUGUUCCACUGGACUAACACAUGAGCACAUUACUCAGCUGUGGUACAGAAUCAUCCAAACUCAGACACAUUGAAUCCAGGACCAGGACACUGAUUGAUUCUUCUAUAUAAAAUUUAAGGGCAUGUGUCUUAAGGGCCCCGUUUUUUUAAUGCUUCAAUUUGAUUUAAAACUGAGAUUUACACCUCUGAGAUUAAUUGGACAUUGCUGUAUCUUUUACAUGUACAGCAGUACAAACUGUGAGGUAGCAACAGGAGGAGAGAAGAGCAGAAAAGAAGAGCAGGAAGAGGAGAAGGAGAAAGGAGAGCAGGGAAAGAAGGAGGAGAGAGGAGAACAGGGAAAGGAGAAAGAGAGAAGACAGCAGGGAGAGGAACAGGAGGAGGAGGGAAAGGAGAGCAGGAAGAGGAGCAGGUGGAGAAGAAAGGAGAGCAGGAGGAAGAGAGGUGAGAGCAGGGAGAUUAGAGCAGGAGAGCAAGGAAAAGAAGGAGGAGAAGAGAGGGGAGCAGGGAGAGGAACAGGAGGAGGAGAGAAAGGAGAGCAGGAGGAGGAGCAGGUGGAGAAGAAAGGAUAGCAGGAUGAAGAGAGGUGAGAGCAGGGAGAUUAGAGCAGGAGAGCAAGGAAAAGAAGGAGAGAGGGGAGCAGGGAGAAGAACAGGGGAAGGAGAGAGGGGAGAGGAGAUGGAGGAGGAGAGAGGAGAGCAGGGAAAGGAGAAGGAGGUGAGAGGAGGGGGAGGAGGAGGAGUGUUUUGGUGUGUGCCUGAAAUGCCAAGGGACAGUGUGAGAAAGGUCAUCAAACACAUGUAAGGGAAACCCUGUAUUUUAUGAAUGAUUUUGCACAGCUGGGGAGAGAGCAUGAACCAAGCUCAGGGGAUCUUUUGGUUCCUUGAAAAGUAGUACCUAAGACAUAAGUUCUGGGUCAUUUAACAUAGAAAUAAGACUUGAAUGACUUUUAAAAUCUUUAAAGGAAAGUUAGAACCAACUGAGAGAAAAUGAUGGUUUCAUUUAUAGAAUUAAGUUGCUUAAACCUGAAAAUAAAUAUGUUUGCGGUUAAAUGAAGCUGUAUAAAAUUGUCACUUUUCUGCGCUGAUGGAAGCACAUGUUGUGUGUGAAAACAUAAAGUCUGAAAAUUCUUACGAUGCAGGUAUACACUCUUUUCCUGUGAUAUCUGUCUCUAAUUUACCCCUUGUUGAACUCACAUUUUUGGUUUUCGAACAGAUAGUUGAAGUUUUGUCUCAUUUUUUUUAAACCUCUCUUUAAAGUCCUUAAAUAGCCCUUAAUUUUCAGAACUGCUGUGAAAGUGAAGAGCUGCGUCAGAGUUCAUCGCCUCAUCACACCCUCAAAGGCCAUCCUCCUUUAAUUUAUUGCAGUUUCUUUUUCCAGCUUGCGUCUCCUCUGCUGGCUGAUCUUGGGUGGUAUCUGUGUACACACAAUGAUCUAAAACAAAUCUAUACCUUUCUGCUGUGUUUGUUUAGCACAUCGAUUCACAAACGACCGUUUACACAGCACUGCAGCAGCAAACCGUCAGUGGGCAGAUUGUUUUUCCAUUUAGCUCAGUCCAUUUCAGGAGAGGUGGUUAACCUGAGACAAAUAAGGCACAUAUCACCUAAAAAUAAAAGGUUGAAAAAAAUGUAAAAACGGUGUAUUUCAUUUUCUGCAAGAAUCCAUCCUGGUGUUUCAAACUCAAAAGUCUAUAAAUCAGACCUUUUACAUAUUGUUUGUUUUUUUGUUUUUGUUUUUUUUCAGAUCUGCCCAUGGAGUAUAACCCCUCAGAUCAUCCUCGGGCCAGCACCAUCUUCCUCAGCAAGUCGCAGACUGAUGGUGAGCUGAAACCGUCAUGAACCUCUCCACUAACAGCUAAUUAAUGUAACCAAGUUUGUUUCAGGACUAUUUAGAAAAACAGGGACCAAGCAGACCUGCCCAGCUGAGGCUGACUAAGUCUGAGGGAAGUUGAAGUUGGAAUCUUUAUUGUUUUGCUGGUUUCGACUCCAGACACGUGUUUAAAAAGGCUACAGUCCUCAACACAGCAACACCAGAGUCAACUUUAACCAUCUUUUGCUCAGAGAUUGGCAUGUAAAGCAAAAAUCCUAUCAGACAGCCACUGAGAUGAGCACAUGUGCAGGGUGCCUUGCCCUUGGCGCAGAGCUACAGUAGAGUUCUGAUAUCCUUACCGGUAAAGUUUGCAAGACUCCAGUUCUGUUGAUAUUUUUUAAAGAGUCCCACACUUAAAUUCAUGUCUUUAUUCAGCUGUCCUCUCAAAAAAAGGCAAAGAGUCCCCAAAAACAAUUUUGAGAAAUGAUAUGAUAUUAAGGCGGUUGGUUGUUGGUAGAAAAAGUGAUGAAUUGUACACCUUAGGGUAGGCCAGUUUUACAUUUUCAUGGCCAAGAUUUAUUUUGUGAUGCAUUUGAGUUUUAAAGAAAGCAGGAUGGGCGAUUUGGUCGAAUAAAAAUCUUCCUACAAAAGUACCCAAACUAAAAUCUCCUUACUGUAGCUUUGAGAUUUCGAAAUGUGUCAUGAGGUUAGAAAUGCUAUCUCCCUCAGUAGGCCUGUGCUCUGGCAGGAGUCUAUAAUAUAAUAGUAGGAUACUAGGAUCCAUAUAGUUCAGUUUCCAGCAAUUUUUUAAAGCUUAAUAUUUGAAAAACUGUUUUGGAGAAAAGAAACAAAGUAUUCCAAAACUAUAAGAGUUAAAAUAAAGAGCAGGGGGAUCUGCCUUUGUUUGAUUGAAUUUUGUAAAAGACUUUGUAAAAGACAGUAUCAGACAACAUGAACAUACCUAAAUGUACCUGUACCUGUAAUCCAAUACCUACAAUGGCAUGAAACGAGCACAGGUGUGUUGUAGAGUAAACUGCUUGGAUACAGUCACACGUACAGGUUUGAAAGGUGACUCAGAAGACUUUCUCCACAGUUAUCACAGCCCUGACUUUAAACCAUUGUGUUAAAUGUUUGUUUUAUCAGUUGACUGAGAUGUUGCAUUCAUAGAACAGAGUGACAGAUGGCACAAUGAGCUGAAACGCAGCUGCAUGCAGAAAUCAUCUUAAAGCGUCUUUCAUGACCUAAACCCAUACAGUCAACACACAGACGUACACCAUCUGCUUUCUGGCUGUUUCUGUGGCGCAGAGAUUUCAGACGUGGAACUGAGUUUUCGCUGGCGCAAAGGCUCCAGUGGAAAAUGUUCACACCAGCUGACUCUGAGACUCUGCGGGGUGUUUUGAUCGUUCCUGUCAGGCUGACUGAGUGAUCCCACAGCAGUCUAGACCCUUCAGACUGACAUUCAUACACUGUAAUCAAAUGAAAUGUAAUGAAGUUCCUCUCUGAGAUUAUUUUCUUUUUGACAUAAUCGCUUUACUUUGAUGAUAAGAGGCUUAAUAUUGUUCUCUUGGCUCGCUCAGGAGUAAAAGCUGGUUCAGCUGGCGAGUUUGCCACCUGGAGGCAGAUGUAUUGAUCAAUUAUCUGGUGCUGAUGCUCUUUAAUUAGUCCAUUCAAAGGGCUGUGUGAAGGUCUGCUGGCCCUUUAUUUACUUUGGCCCUGGUUUUACAUGUUUUUAGAACUGAAAUGACUUGAAAAUACAAACAGCCCCCAAUUUGCUUUAGGUAAAAUGUUCAAUCUUUUAGACAGAGCACCUGUUCUACUAUGCUUAUCAAGUAUAUCUACUUUAUAGAUAUUGAUGAUAUAGAUUGUUAUCCAAAAGACACAGACCUUUAUUCUACAUCACCCUCUUUGAAGACGUCAGACUCUGUCAACAAAAACACAGAUUUUUUUCUUUGCCUUGAUUGGUUGUUUUAAAUGGAAUGACGAGUUUGGAUUCAAGAUAUCAAGAAAGAACAAUAAACCAAUAAAAAUCUCAGACUGAGGCUGCAGUUGGGAGACCAGUGACUCCCUUUUUUUCAGUGAGGUUUUCAAGAGUCGAACCACGACUGAUUUUAAAUGAAGAAGUAAAUAUUAGAGAUGCACCGAUCAAUCGGCCGCCGAUUUAAAAAGCCGGUUUUAUAUCCAACCGGCCCAAACCGGUGACCGGCCAAUCACUGUCGUAAUUUGCCGGUUUUCCCCGAGCAAACUGACCCGCAUGCGCGGUGCGUAUCAGCUCAGAGCAAAACUGCUAAAAGUUAGCAAGACUCAGGAGGAAAACAUGUCGGUGAUUUGACACUGUGUGCCAGAGCGACCCAAAACACGCUCUUUGUAAUGCUUGCAAGUCAAAAGUCAGCCGUGGAGGAUCAACGCCUAAGACAUUUGGAACAACAAACUUAAUACGCCACUUGGAAAAGAAGCACCCAGGCUUGUUUAGCAAAUAUAAGGAAUACACUGCCGCUAAGAGGAGGGAUGCAGCAGAGUUGCAGCGACCACAACAACCCUCCGCCGUGGCUCCUAUGUUCGACAUCAGCACUGAAAAGUCCAAAGCCACCACUAGGAAAAUAAUGGAGUUCGUGGCACUGGAGGACCAGCCGUUUAGCGUAGUACAGGAUAAAGGCUUCGUAAAUCUGACGAAACACCUGAGUCCACGGUACAAAUUACCAAGUAGGGUGUUUCAUCAGAUUUACGAAGCCUUUAUCCUGUACUACGCUAAACGGCUGGUCCUCCAGUGCCACGAACUCCAUUAUUUUCCGAGUGGUGGCUUUGGACUUUUCAGUGUUGAUGUCGAACAUAGGAGCCACGGCGGAGGGUUGUUAUGGUCGCUGCGACUCUGCGGCAUCCCUCCUCUUAGCGGCAGUGUAUUCCUUAUAUUUGCUACACAAGCCUGUGUGCUUCUUUUCCAAGUGGCGUAUUAAGUUUGUUGUUCCAAAUGUCUUAGGCGUUGAUUGGUACAAACUACCAAGUAGGCGGUACUUUUCUGACACAGCGCUGCCAGAGUCGUUUGAGAGAGGUACUGGAGGGGUAGUCAAUAAAUUACAUUGUACCAGGCAAAUGCUGGGACGUUUUUGAAUGUUGUUUGAAUGUAAGUUAGUUAUUGACCUGUAAACUGGACUGAAUAUUAUGGUCAGUGUUGAAAAUAAAUCUGCUCAGGAGGCACUGUUGAAACUCUCACUCUAUUUCUUAUUUGUGAGAUUUUAUUCUUGAAAAGGGGGGUUAUGAUAGCAUAUAGCCUACCAUUAGUUGUGCUUUUAAUUGCAGUAAAGCAAAAUGUUGUCUGGGAGAGGGGUACUUAAAUUAAAAUUGGGAAUGGGUACUCAAGCCAAACAAAUAUGGUGUCUAUUAUAUGAUUAUAAUUAUUUCUUAGAUAGAAAAUCGGAAUCGGAAAAACCGGUUUUGGCAGGUCAGACCUCCUUUAAAACCAGAAAUCGGUAUCGGCCAAGAAUAUUGCAAUCGGUGCAUCUCUAGUAAAUAUACUUCAAGUUGACAGUCAAUUUACUCUGCAGCAAUCAGUUUGUUGGUUGGCUUGAAUAUCUUAUAUUCUGCAAAGUUAACCUGCUGUAUCUGUAGAUGAGGUGCAUUUGUCCUCAAUCCUUUUUUUCUCUGAGCAGAAGUAGGAGAUUUGGGAUACUACAGGUUUGACUGAGGGUUGGUUGUCGUUUUGGUUCCAGGGAUUCAGGAGAAGUGUGCUAACUCAAACAUCUCGGAAUAUUUAGAUGUUUCUACAGCUGCAUAUGUGGGGACUUUUUUUCCACAUACUCAAACUGACUGUAAUAAAAGUACGACCAAAACAUUAAUGUCAGUGAGUGCAUGUUUGCUCUAUAAGGUUAUCUUAUAUUUGCAGACAGAACACAUAUGUGUUCCUUCCGUCUGGGCUUCAGAGACACAGAAAUACAAUGACAGGUCUGUUUCUGUGAAGAUCUCGCUGUUUCUGUUUAUGAGACUAAGCCUGUCGUGGUGGGGGUGUUUAGGUUGUUCCUCUUCAGGGUUCAAAUCAUAGUUAUUUAUGUUUCACAGCUGACUCAGUCGACUGGAGUAUCAACAAACUAUCAAUGAACAGAAAUUCAGACUCCACUGUGUUUAAAAAUACAGCCCAUAUAAGUACAAUUCCUGUGGUUUAUUGUGGUUAGUUGUACAUUUAUGUCAUGAACAACGAUAGAGACAACUUGGACUUUGUGUUUUUCAGUUGCUGUGCCCAACAAGAAAGGUAAGCAUGUCCAUGUGUGUCGUCAGCAGGCGGGUUCAGCUUUAAAUGUAGUCUCCAGCUGUUUUGUUUCUGUCAGCAGAGGACGUGCUCUCCGCUGAGCUGCUGCCGUCUCUUUAUGUGUGUGUGCGUGGGUGCGUGGGUGCGUGGGCGCGUGUGUGUGCCUCUGUGCAUGUUGGUCUGCAGGUUGCAACAGUCUGAACAGGAUGUUGUAGUCUUUUAAGUAACACGUGCAGCUGUGCAAAGAUCUUUCAAAAGGAGGAGGUGAGGAGGAGCAGGACUCUUUAUGAUGGGAUUUGGGAUCUGCAUUAUUCAGUUAGUCAUAAUUAAGCAGAAAAAAAAACAAAAUCCAAAGUUGCAGCAGCUUGGACUGUGAAUUUGCUGUGUUUUUAUUCAAAUGUGCAAAAUUACAGAAUAUUCAACUCUGCAGCUUCUUGCCAGAGAGCAGCGCUCACAAUGAACACAUGCAUUAGAGUGUAUAUGUGUGUGUCUGUGUGUGUUUAUGUCAGUGAGGUGGGAGAUAAAGAGUGUCAGGAUAAGAGGUGCCAGACAGCAUCACUUUGUGUGAUGCAGCGCUCUGCAUCUGCUCCAGUUUGCUCCCUCUCCCCACGUGUUGCCUCCAAACUGGGGUAAACACAAACACACAAAGAUACAAACAUAUACACACAGACACACACUGCUUUAUGUAAAUGAAGAAAGGGAAGAGAUCCCGUCCUGAAUCAAACCGUUACCGUAAUCUCACCUGAUUCACAUUGUACUUCAGUUUGAGGCAUUAAUAGGUAUUAAAGCACAUUUUGACUCUUUUAAAACACAGUUUAUUUUGCAUCAGGAGAAAAAAAUCCAUUCACAGGUCUCAUGAUGCUCCAAUCUGUAUUUUGAAACUGCCCUGUCCUUGGUUUGGAAAAAUUACAGAAAAAGCUGCACGCAUAAACCCUGGGUAAAUACUGCUCCCUGUCUGUCAGGGUGAGGUACUGCACUCACGCGCUGCUCUGACAUCUAUCCUUUCAUCUUUCUUUCAGUUCGAGAAAAACGGAAAAGCCUUUACAUCAACCAUGUAAGUUUGAGCCUUUUUUAUGAUGUACUCAGAGAGAACAGUAGCAAUGUUGGUUUUAUGAUGUAAGUUGAAGAAUAAUUGAGAAUAUUCUCAUUCUGCACGUUGUGAUUUCACUGUCUUGUAUUUUUUGCAAGUUUACACACAUUUCGGAGAACAAGGUAAAGUUUAACAGUUGCAAAUAUAUUUUUUAUCUCCCUUCCUCAUCCCUCAACCUAAUUCUCAUAAACAGUUUAAGUUAUGUGUGUACGUAGAGAUGUCCCUUUUACCUUUUCGGUUCCAACCCUGAUCUGACAUUAUAAAUGUUGAGUUUCUGCCGACACUGAUCCCUGAUCUGUUUCUUGUGUUUCUUAAAAGACAUCUUCAGCUUGUUCCAUGUAGAGGAAUCUUACAGUCUGCAGCUAGGCUCAGUAAUAACAUGAGACAAACUUUGGAGCUCCAAAUCUCUGCCUUUAAACACACAGCAUUCACAUUAUGUUUAAAAUCCCUUCAUUUGUUUGUCACAAACUUUGCUGUACAGUUAUUGUAAGUCAGUGUCUGAAUGGAUCCAAAAGACAUCCAAACUCCUGCAUCCAUCCGGGAAUUUUAUAUCAAAUACUUUGUGAUUACAGAUCUCUUAAGAUGGCUUGUAUCAAGUAUCUUCAUUACCUCUUCAUGAUUUCCAUCAGUUCUAUACAUGUAAAAGGGUGUUAAAUGCUCGGGAGUUCCCCCUAUUUGACCUAAGCUCUUCCUGAACUCUUCUGUCUACUGUCCUGAGAUUGUGGAAAAUAAUUAAUAAUAGGGACUCCUACAAAUUUAAACCAUUUGAAAGAUGAUCAAAAUUGAUGUUUUUGUAUAAUGUUCUCUUGAUGCAUUUAUGCAGCUCCGCUGUGUCUGCAACUAGAUCCUUCCCAGAUCACCUAGAUCCUCAAUAAGUUUAAAAAGGUUCAGAUUGGCUCUGAUAGUUGAGAUGAGGAUUGGGACCUCCCUAAUAUGUGCGAAGUGAAAACUAAGUAUUAGUCUCAACACUAGUACAGUAGAAAUGUAGAAGCAAUAUUUGAUUUCAUGAUAAACGGAUGGAGUCCAUCUUUGAGCUUCCCCUGAACUUAUUCUUUGAGAUUAAACAAAGUAUUUCAGUUUAUAACUAAAGAACUAAAUCAAGUUUCAGGCUUUCCUGAAGAUGCACUCCUCCAUAAAUGUCAUCCCUGCAUGCAACAGUGUCUGACAAAGGACAGUCUGAUUCAGUCUUAGGGCGCACAGGUGCCCUACUUCUCUCUGCUGUCAGCUGGCUGAGUGAGAGUGAGACAGAAAUAGACAUUGGUGUGUGUGUGUGUGUGUGUGUGUGUGUGUGUGUGUGUGUGUGUGUGUGUGUGUGUGAACUUCAGCAUCAUCCAGGCCAAGUUAGACGAAAGUACAGCUCCUGCUCCACCAUAUUCCUCGAUGACAGCACCGUCAGUCAGCCCAACCUCAAAUACACCAUCAAAUGGUAACCCCAUGAAAUCUCAUUUUCCAAUAUCCCCUACGGGUCGUUACCCUCCUGUGUCUAACUCUGAAAUGUCUUUAUCUCUUUUUUUGUCUUUACAGCGUAGCCCUGGCAAUAUACUACCACAUCAAGAACAGGUAUGACUUUCUAUAUCCUGUGUCUUUAGCUGAAUUGCACAUCCUCGACUUAAACCUCAUUGCCAGGGGUUUGCAGGAAAGCUAAACGUUGCAUGAAAAGAUGUCGCUUUUGGUCCCUGGAGGCCUCUGUAGAAAUGUCAGGCGCUGUAGUUACUGUGAGGUGUUGUCUGAUAGCCGACUGAAUGUGCAGCUUCAGUGAGCUGGGCAUCACUCUGCAGAGGAACAUGUAAAGAUGUACCUUGUGAGGCACCUGCGAUGCAAAAAAGAGAUUUAAAAGGAUCCUGUGCAUUCAGCAACUUAAGAUUGUCUCUGUGGUACAACAGAAAUCCUUAGCUGAUCCUGAGCUGGGGGAUGAGAAUUUUGUAUUUCUUCGGUGUAUGCAAAACUCCUCUGCAGAUGCAGAAAUUGUGAUUCAAGUCAGUGCCAUUCACUUUAGUCAGAAGUGAAUUAAUGAUUGAAUCAUUACAUUUUCUAACUGAGAAAAAUGUCUUUGAGUUUUUUUACUUUUAUAAGACGGAAAGUUCUGGACUUGCUGCACAAAUGAAACAACAAUCAACAAACUGAAGUGGAGAUGGACCCAUGAAAUGGGCUGAUUCAUGGCUCUGUGAAACAAUCUGCAUCCCCAGCUACAAGGCUGAGAACACGUUGCCAUCUUGAAUGACAGAAAAUCAAACCUGAAGUGAUUUCUGGAUGAUGCUUUACCAGUCAAAUUUGCUCUAAGGGAGCGUAAUGCAGUUCAAUAUCACUCCUGAAAGUAGUAUCUGAAAUCUAUAGCAUAACCCUGUAUGUACAGUAUUAAUUCUAAAUCCAUCCAAACUAUGUCACUGGCUAAAAAUAGUGGAUUAAUACACAAGUUUCUGCUGUGUCAGUUUUUUUCUCUCUCACUAUGUUAACAUCAAAAUGUUCAGUUUUUUCUUCUUUAGUAAUAAUUCAGAUAAAGUCAGAUGUAGCUGAGCCAAAUAUUUUUUAUAAAACCAGAAAUUAACAUACUGAAAUGAUUUCACUGUGAUUUGAUCGUGAGCACUGAAGCUUCUUCAGGUUCCCCCUUAACUGGGAUGGGUGACAAUAAAGUCAGAGUCGAGUCUCUUCAGUGCUCUGGCUUAUUUCUUUUUAUUCAUUUGUGUUCCUGCAACCGGUCGACACCUGAGCAGGUUAUCUGGUUGUGUAUGAAGUCAAUAGCUGCUAGUCACUGAUGACAUUUGGUAAUAUAACGAUAUCGCUGUGUUUUGUUGUGUCUGUGUAGUCAACAUUUUAAAAUUUCAGAGCGCUCCGCUCUUUCUGACUGUAAACAAAGCCAUUCCCCACUUCCCACAACCUGAUUGGUUGUGAGGCAGAUGCUGCUCCCCCGUGUCGUUCAGGAGUCCAAACAAAGUUAGCGUGCUACAAUAUCGUACAGAAGAAACCAACCAGAAAGUACAGAAAAUUGUCUGAAUACCCCUUUAGCCACGACUGCCAACACAAGCAAGAAAACGAAGUAAAUACAGGAGACUCUGGUGGAAUAACGGGCGCUUAAAACGGAGGUAGACCACAGCAAUGCCACACAAUGGUGACAGAAGGCAGCCCCUCAACAAGUGUCGCUGUAAGCGCUGCAGAGGGCGUCCUCCACACUCUCUUAUAUAAGCACAGAUGGAUUUGGUCGUGUGUAAGGUUGGACCCACUGGUAAGACAAACAUCCUUUUCCACAAAUAAAGACACUCACAUAAAGUUGCAUAUAUUUAAACCUCACGUGACAAAGGUGGGUUGUGCGCACAGAUCACAACAUAAAUUCCAAUAAUGGCAUUAAAAUCGGAACCAUCUGUGCGUAAAUGACGCAUCGCGCUCCAUGGCCUGGCUCUUUCUUUCAUUGAUGUUGGCAUGUAAAAUAAAUUUGGCUCACAAAACUGAAUAUUAUAAUAUUCGUAUGUGGGCCUAACUCCGGAUUGAAUAGUUACAGAAUCUUAAUGAUGUGAGGAAAUCAGAUAAACAGGUAAUUUUGAGUGAAAGUUUGUUUUAUUUUAUUUUAUUUAAAUUUUCGAAGUAAUGACUCAUCUGAUCACUAAAAUAAAUCAUCUGGUCAGCCGUGCCACCGCAGCAGCAGCAGGACGUAGAGAGGACACGGAGACACGUCAGGUGUUGUGCCCUAGAAUGCACCCCUGCCGUAGAAUGCACCCCCAGACGGGAGUGCGGUUGAAAGUACAUAACAAGGCGAAAUAAUCCAAGUUUUCCUUACUGUUUGGUGGAUUCAAAAGCGUGUGCCUUUAAUGAUUUCAUUCAGACUAUUCAGAUAUGCCGAAAACAAUAGCCCUCUGAUUCGGAAUAUUUGUUGCCCCGAAAAUAUAAUGUUCUCUACCUUAACAGCUUACUGUAGAGUUUAUAUACCCAAGUACACCUCUGUAUGUGCAUUUUUUAAAGAUCUAAAAACAGAACAAAAGUUUGCUGUUCCAUUUGACAUGUUGUCAUGAUCCAAUACUUGAAAUAAGAGAAGAGGAAGAAGAAAGGGAGGGAGACGAAUUACAUAUCUUGUUAACUUCAUCAUGUGUGACUGUUUACUGGAUAUUUAAUUUAAUGCGGUUUCAGCUGUGUUAAUUCGGUCAGGUGGAGUGUCCAAACGCGUGCCAAACGCGCUCAUCAGAUCAAAUAUAGAUCAGAAUAUAUCGAUAUAGAUCUAAAUGUAUGUGCUGACUCAGAAUAUUGGUUGUUGUUGAUUAUUUAUUGCACUGAAAUGUGCCUGAGACUGUGGAAACCUGUUGGUGAGGCAUCAGUGAUGCAUGCGUAAUAUGGCGCCGGUCUACCAAAAUACCUCUAGACCAGCUGCGCUCUGACCGGGGCUGUAGGCUGACCAGGUUUGAAUCGGCGAGCUUUCAGUGCACUUUACACGCCACCGGCGAGCACGAAAAUGUCACCGCGCCAGCUGAUUCUGUCGACACCUCCCCCCUGCCAUGCCACCAAGCCCAGCUUGGCUGACCUCGGUGCGCCUCAGUCCAUGAAAAGAUUUCUCCCCAAAACUGGCACUUCCUCAGAUCCUGCCUAGCCCACCUUUAAGGCUGAGCUCAUGUAAAGACUUUGUCUGGGUCAUGUUUUAAUGAAUCAUCUCCAUUCAUACCUCCACAGCUGAAAACAUGUGUCCAGCCCUGCAGGUGUUAACAGACACACAACAAAUACAGCGCACUAUGUCAGGCUCACAAUGCUGCUAUUCUGAGGAGUCCGAUUUUUUGCAUACAAGGAGACACAAAAGGAGAAAAUGCUGAAUUCAACAUUGCAGCAGCAGCAUCUCCUAGAAACAUUUAAGACUUUGAAACUUUGAUUAAACUGCUGAAAGUCAAAGCUGAUAUUUAUGUUUUCUCGUGGAAGAUGCUAAAGUGAUAAUAAGCCGUAUCAUUAUGACUUACUUACCACCUUUAAUGAUGAUCAAGUGACAUUUGAACUAUUUCACCUGUACUGCUGCUUUUUUGUUCCUCUUUUUUUCUUCCUCUCUGUUUUUCAUUUCAGGGAUGUCGACGGACGAAUGUUGUUAGACAUUUUCGAUGAGAAGCUGCACCCACUCUCAGUAAGGCUGUAAUUUGGGACAAGUUAUAAUGUCUAAUCUUAAGUUUUGUUCAAACUCAUCAGACAAAGACAACAGCAGCAAAUCAAAAUCAGUCAGAGGGGGAGUCUGUCCUGUACUCCUAGAGGCUGCAAAAAUUAUUCAGAUGCUGGUUAUCCAGUUUUUACACCCUUUAAACUGCAAAGAGUCAAUGUAAAAAAGUAUUUAGCUCAUUUCCCUUAUGCUUCAGACCAACCUCCCAUAAGAAAUCUUUUUUAUAGAGAUUCAGAUCAGAUGUCUUGCGCUGAGAGUCUUUUAAACUUUUGGUUAUUUUUGUGUUUUAGAAAUCAGAAGUUCCUCCUGAUUACGACAAACACGAUCCUGAGCAGAAACAGAUCUAUCGGUUUGUCAGGACGCUGUUCAGCGCUGCACAGCUCACUGCUGAGUGCGCCAUCGUCACACUGGUAAGUGUGCGUGUGUGUGUGUGUGUGUGCGUGACUGUGUGUGUGAUUCAGUGCUGACACCAGGAGGGAGUGUUGUUCAUUGCUUCUCCUCACUGUCAUGCACAUUCUUUUGUUGUCUUCAUUAGAUUCCUUCCUCCUGUUCACUUUUUAAACUCCAUUUUCUCAUUUGGUUUCUUGAUGAUAAGUUAGUCUGUCCAGUGAAAUUGAUAAGAUCAGUUUGAUCUCUGCAGCUGUCUUUUAGAAUAUCUUCAGUGUGAAGGAGGUUUGUUUCUGCAGAAAGGUUAAACUGGUGCAGUCCCCAAACUUUCUCCAGAACACGUGUGGUCCGUCUCCCUUCUCCACACUAGUAAAGCAGAUAGUUUCACUCUGAUCAAUGUGCUUUCUCUGGCUUCAGUGCAUUAGGUUUCUGCUCCAGUAACCCAGAGCACUCUGCAGCAGGUAUGCACAACUAGAAACCAUAGUAUGAUGCACUGUCAGCACAGAGCAGAUGAAGGGAGAGAGGAUGUCAGACACAAUGAAACAACAUAUGGUUAUAUUCGAAAUAAAACAGUGUGCUGAGACAAGCAUUUUUGGGGUAUUUUCCUGAUUGCAGAAAAAAGAGAGAAAACACACACACUUAGAUAUCAGCAAUAUAUACACUCUCAAAACGAAUGUGUUAGAAAUAACUCAUCAUGUGUUAUUUCUUAACACAUCCGUGUGUCUAGUUAAGGACAACACACACUGUGUUGUUUUGACACAUGACUUUGUGUUGACAGAUUUUACACAUGUUGUGUGUUAAAUGUGUCAACACAUCAACUGUGUUGGGUUUACACAAAGAUAACACAGAGCUGUGUCAUAUUUUCAUGCAAUUUACACAUAGCUGCGUUAUGUGUUCUUCACACAAAAGUGUUUUAUUUUCAUAUGAUUUACACACAAUUGUGUUACAUUGGAUACAUCACUCAUUCGCUCACACAGUCACACUUUGGUGGUGGUAAACUACCUUAGUAGUCACAGCUGCCCUGGGGCAGAUUGACGGAAACGUGGCAGCCAUUUUGCGCCUACGGCCUCUCCGACCACCAUACACAAUCACAAGCAUACACCAGUGGAGGACACAAACUGGGAGCAAGGUGGGUUAAGUGUCUUGCCCAAGGACACAACGGACAGACUUGGGAUAGGGGGGAAUCGAAACGCCAACCUUCCGGUUAUUGGACGAGCGCUCUUACCUCCUGAGCUACUGCGAUUAUCUGCUAAAUCACCAAACCUGGUCACUAAAAACAAUAAACAAUUGCUUGAAUCUCAAGUCACUUUUAUAAAAUUUAUUUGGUUCAGGCAGCAGCGCAAAAUCUUGGACUUUGUAAGACUUAAGUACAAACUUGAGAGCAAAACAUAGUGCAAACACAGAGUAUAAGCAUUAAACAUUUUGUAAACAUUUCAUUCUUAAACCAUCAGUGCAACAAUGGAACACCUAAAAUACAGACAAGGCAUGUCAAACAACCGUCCCAUGUGGCUCGAGGCUGUGCGCUGGGCCGGGUUACAACGGCGUUACUCCCGUGGCGUGUAGUUUGAGUUGCAAAUGUAAAUGUGCCUCUCACACAUUUGUGAGUGCGGACCAACUCCUCAGCGAGCUCAAUUAUUAGCCUGUAGCUGUUAGCACAGCUGCCAUUGUUGCAUUUUAAAGCCAUCAAAGGCAGUGGCGAGUGCUGCCCCCAGGAGGAUCAAAGAAGGGAUUACACAACAUGAUUUUUUUCCAGAGCUGGUUCAUGUGGCAACUUUCUCAGUGCAUUGCUCCAAUCCACACCCCUAAGUUAGAGCUACAAGCUUCCAUGACCCAGGGUCACCCAGCCAGGGACCAUCCAGGUGUCUGAAUAAAGUGGACAGAUCAGCUGGGGGUCCUACAGAAAUGGGACUUAUAUAUUUGGAUUUAUUUCCCCCCGAAAUGGAACUUAAUAUUUUAUUUUUCUCGAGUUAAAAUAGUACAACCCAAACCAUAGUCAAUUAAGAGAACCAUACGUCUGUGUGUGAGGAAAGGUAUACUCCUGUCUUCAGGGCACCGUGCUACUCAAGAAUCUGGUCUCAGAUACCAGUUCAGUGGCCUUGUGGUCCACCCUGAGACUGGGUGUUUGGAGGUUUGAUUCCCCUGCUGAGGGGCUUCCUCCCUCCAAAAAAUUAAAAAUGAAUAAAGAAAAAAGUUACAGAAUUUAUAAAAAAAGAUGAUUCCAGAAUUAUUCAAAAGUAGGACAAUUAAUAAAGCCACUGCUUGGUUAAAAAUAACCCUGGCAGGUGUUUUCAUUAAUAACCUCUUUGACCUAGCAGUGGCUAACAUGUGUUGUGUUUAAUUCACAUGAUAACUAUUUAAUGUGUUAAAAUAGCAUUAACUCAAAAGUGUGUCUAGGAUAAUAACACAGGAUGUGUAAAUAUAACAUAACAAAUGUUAAAAUAUAAUAACACAAAAAAUGUGUAAGAUUUUAACAUUUUGAGAGUGUACCAGCCUCUGGCCAACCUGCUCUCCCAUUGGUGUCACCAUCAGCCAUUUAGACACUGGUAUCAGUCGCAUCCAGAAAAAAUAAAAGUUUUAAGAAUGAAGCACUUCCUGCUGAGAUUGUAAUUACUUUCAUUUUAGAUCAACAAACCGCCAUAGUGGGCUGAGCCAGACCUGGAAACAACGGGUCAGAGGUUUUCAAUGCUUAUGGUAGAGGUAGAAAACCACUGAUUUUGUAUUUAACGUCGGUUAAGUACAAAAUUAAUGAUCACCCACCACCUGUGCUUUGAAAACACAGGUGGUGGGUGAUAAGGGGGCAUGGAGCUAAACCAGGUUAGAGCAGAGACAGACUGACUGCAGAUCUGAUGGAAGUCUGACUGAAUAUCUGUUGUAAUGUCUUUUCUGUGUUUCUGUGAUUGCAGCAAUGUCUCAGUUUGGGUGCAUGUUUACAUUCUGCAGUCAUAUGACACAGAUACAGAUCAGCCUGCACAGCGAUCAGCUCUCUGUUCAUGUGGUACAAUCAGUGAUUGGUCUGAGGGGACUAACUCAGAACAGCCUCAGUCCACAUUUGUUUUUCUUCUCUAAGCUCUUUUUAAAAGUUGAAUGAAAACAUCUUCAGCAUGCUCGGUCCAAAGUCAUUCCCCACCCCCACCCCCACCUGUACAGACACACUGAAACAAAAUGUGUCAGGUUCAACAUCAUCUCAAGUGCUUAAUCAGACACAUAUUACAGUCUGGCACAUGUCCGUCCUCUUCCAGCCCCCAGGGUAAAGCCCAGCAUGCUGUCUGUAAUUGAGCAGAGCCUCUGGCUGGUGGUUAUGAGGUUAGCCAGACUUUGCGGCAGUGACCUUCCAUUCAUGAUCCCUCUCAGGACUUCUGCCAAGUCAGCAGUCUGUACCAUGAAAGUGAAGUAGACUAUGAGAUAUAUGAUAUGUUUGAUGUUGCACCUGCCCACCGCGCCAAAAUUACAACCAAAUUAUCCCCCAACCAUCGACUCCUUCUGGACUCCUGUCAUGGCAGCAGUCAGCGCCAUCUGGUACCUCCUGAUUUAGACACAUUUAAAGUUUUGAGAUUUGUGGUUUUAUUUUUUAGCGACAGACCACAACUCUCAAUAUUACAAUAGAAGAAUUCUUUGAGUAUUUUUGUUUAUUGGAUUAAGAAGACCAUUAUAAGUUUUCACUUUCUGAAAUCAAGUACAUAAAACAUUUAACUAUUUUUAAAGUUGUCUGGCUGGAUUAAGCUGUACCUGUCCAUACUUCAAGAUAAAUUUACACCAAAAUGAAAAGAUCUGGAAGCAGAUAAACUAAAUGUCAAACACUGUAAAUAUAAAGAUGAUAUAUCAUAAGGUUUGGCACUUAUCCAAGUAUUUAGUUCAGUUUUAAGCACCCCAUUUUUAGAGAAAAGACUAUUUCUGUGUCUGUUUUUGUACCUAAAUCCAGGUGACGUGAACCAUUGAUGAUCAAAUUUAAUCAUUCAUCAUCAAUCUGGUGUCAAACCCUGGCCGCUGUUUGCUAACCUCCCUGCCUCUGAAACCUUUUGUUGAGUUUUCUGUGUUGUUCUCUCUCUGCUGUUGUAUUCAUAUUCUUCGGCAUGCGGUCGGGAUCUCAUUUAUGCAGGCUUUCCAAGCUGCUGUUUGCUGUCUGCAGCCAGAUGAGUGUGUAUGGGGUUUCUGUUGGCAGACUCUGGGCCACAACAGAGAUGGGUUAGCAUCGCCUGCAGGCACAAAGACCUACCCAGCAUGACUCGUCCAAUUAGCCAACUGAUCUGUGCCAGAGGGCAAGUCAAACUGGGCUGAAUGAGAGGAUAGUUCAUUUCUCUUUCACAUCAUUUGGCUUCACUGUCCCCCUGUUUUGUCUUAUUUACAAGGCAGCAGUGAUUAGAGGAUCAAAACUUAAAAUGAACAGAUUAUUAUCAAGCUUUCAGCUCUCUUCUUGGAUUUAUUUUACGACAUUUUUUUGUCACAUAAAACUUACAGUUCUGGCACAAAGCAGUUUCAGACAGAAUUCAAAAAAGUAUAUCCCCCUCUGCCAUAAAAAAAAAACAUCUUUGCAAACUAGAUGUAUUUUUGUCAGACUUGUCAUCUGAGAUGACAGAAUUCAAAGAUUGGAGUUGCUGUAGCUGGUGUGGAUUCAGUUAAGCCUGCAGCAGUUUUAUUUCUGGGCAAAAGAAACUGAAGAUCCCCCAUUAGCUGCGGGGAAAAUGCUGGAACAAGAGUAAGAUUUAUGGCUCGUUCAGACUGUAUCAGUUACAAAAGCUUGCAAAUGACAUGUUUAGUUGGUCUGUUGUUCUACCUGGGCUCCUAAAAGCAUCAUACUGUAACAUUUGAAAUGAAACUUGUAUGAAAUAUCUUCAACAAAAGCAUCAAAUUCAUGCUGAAACUCUUUAGGAUAAAAAAUAUGCCUAAUUUUUUGGGGUGUUUUGUGAUAAAUGACUCUAUGAUAGAAAUAAAUGUGAGGUAUGCAUUGGCAUGCUGCAGAGGCAUAAAGCUGUCUGCAUGCAGCAGAUCACUGUGUGCAGCUUUCAUGUUCAAUGGAGGCUGUAAAAUCCAACAGAAUACACUCCCACUUCUAACAAAGGGGUGAUCAGAUGGAUCAGAAGAAGGAGCUUCUGUACAAGUAUUUCAUCUUGUAAGGAACAGGUGCCUGCAGGCUCUCUCUGUGCUUUGUGAUCUGCAGACUGUGGGAAUUCUGCCUACUGAUGGGGAGAGGAAUGAAAAGUGGGAGACAGGCAGGUGGAAAGAUGGAGUGUAUAUUUUAAUGAGCGGGCUUGAGGGGAGCUGGAUUUCAUCAGCCAUUGACACCUUGUUAUUGUGGUUUUCACCUGGAGGAGGAGCAGGUAGGAGACUGCUAAACAGGAGGGCUGCCGACUGAAUCUGUGGGUCCAAGCUGGAGACAGAGACCUACUGUUUGCAUAUAUAAUGCAUGAUAUAUAACUGAGGUUGAUGCCCAUACACCAAUACAAGCAGUGUGGUGCUGCUGCAAGAAAAUGAUCAAACCAUUGCAAAUGUGAAUACUCUGAGUGUAGCGGCUCAGAAGACGAGCUCCAAAGUGAUCUGACUUCAUCUGUAAAAUGUUUGUGUUUACAGGUUGACAGAGACUGAUAUUUCGAUGUGACACUCAUCUUUAUCACAGGUGUAUCUAGAGAGGCUCCUGACCUACGCUGAGAUCGACAUCUGCCCUGCAAACUGGAAGCGUAUUGUGUUGGGAGCCAUCCUGCUUGCGUCGAAGGUUUGGGACGACCAGGCAGUCUGGAAUGUGGACUACUGCCAAAUUCUCAAGGAUAUCACUGUGGAGGACAUGUGAGUGAGAAGAUACACAGCCAAAGUACAGUCAAGGUCAACUGUCCAUUCCACCAGUCCAAGGAUCAGAACAAACUAUGUUUGUGCUUAACUAAAGGUGUAUUAUUUCUGAACACAUCUGAGCAGCUUAGACUGAAAUAAUUGCCAUAAGCACUGCAGCUUGGCAUAAAAGCAGUUGUGACAAAAAAGUGACAAAGAACUUUGAGUCCAAUCACGUGUUCUGACCUUUUUAAUGGCUUAAGUGUGAACAUUUGAUGUGUUGUCUUUGCACUAGUUUUAAUCAGAGAUGGUGUUUAGAUGAUUUCCAAACCAUCAUAUUUCAAUCGAUAUUUCAUACAGCCUCCAGACUCUUUGUACAAACAACUCAAAAAUUAUUUGAUAUUCAAGCAGAAAAAUACACGAGUGAUUAUAAUGCCUAGAAAUCCAGUACAAAGUCAGAAGGCAGAGUGUGCAGUAGCUUCAGUAAUUUUCACUCUCAGUCGGCAGAUUUCAGGUAUUGUAUUGCUGAAAUGUUUUACUUUGAGGCUGGUUCUAAUUCCCCUGUAUAACUGUAAACACUGAGUGUGAAACUUCAAUGAGAUAAUUAAGCUCUGCAGUUAUAAAGUGUCAGACAAUGUGUUUUAGUAUUUCUGGGAAUGAAAAUUGAAUCUAAUUGUACCUAAUAUCAUAGCCUUUAUAGCUUUUUCCAUUUUCAUCACAUAAUUUAGUCUGUUGAGAACAAAACAACAAAAAACACUGACUGUGAAAGAGAGCUAAGAGCUGAGCAUGUGCUUGUGGGGUUAUUUUAGCAUUAGAACCAUGUUCUGUUUGAAUCACUGAAAUUGUGUAUUAACAUACUGGAUGUCAAACAAAUUUGUUACUUGGAACAUUUGCAAGUCAACUGUAAACCUUAGUGAACCCAGCAAACCAGGUUCUGGUGUCCAAAAGUCAAAUGUUUUCAAUGGGGGACAAGUCAGGACUAUAGGUAGACCAGUUUCUCAGCAGCAGGACUCUUCUCCUACAGAGCCAUGCUGUUGUAAUCCCUGUUGUCAGAAUGUGGUUUGUCAUGGUCUUGCUGAAAUAUGAAGGUCACUGAAAAAGUCUUUGUCUGCAUGUCAGUAGAUGUUGCUCCUAAACCUGUAGAUAUUGUUCAGCAUUAAUGGAGCCUCCACAGAUGUGAAAGAUACCCAUGGCAGGGACACUUGGACUGUCGCACAAACUUUUGAAAAUCUCUUGACCAGAAUGUGCAGAAAAUUGCAGAUUCAUGCAUGCAUAUAUGAAGACCUGGUAGAACAAUAGGAAAAGUAUAUUUGAAAGGAGCUUGCAUAUGCAUCAAAAAGUACUGCUCUUUACCAUUUGCUGCAAAGAUGUAAUGAUUGAGGAGCUCCACCAGCUUGUCUCAAAGAAGACCAGCCUCUCUUUGGAGUCUCUCAGGAGAGUUUAAAACUGAGGAUUUAACAGCUGUUUCAGCAAAAUGAUAAAAGACAAACUCUGCAUAGAUCCUUUUAGUAAUUUUGUCACAGUUACUGUAAGCUGAACCUGUCAGUGCGAAAAACUGGUGCCUUAGUUGGAGAUACAGUGCUGUGAAAAAGUAUUUGCCCCCUACUGGAUUUCUUCUAUUUUUGCUUUUUUGUGACACUUACAUGUUUCAGAUCAUCCAAUAAAAUUUAAUUUAAGAGAACGACAAUGAGUGGACAUAAAACAGUUUUUAAAUGAUCAUUUCAUUUAUUAAAAGUAAAGAAUUAUUGAAAACCAAAAUCGCCAAUGUGAAAAAGUAAUUGCUGGUUGUGCCACCCUUUGCUGCAACAACUGCAAUCAAGUGUUUGCGAUAACUAGCAAUGAGUCUUUUAUAUUGCUGGAGAGGAAUUUUAGCCCACUCUUCUUUGCAGAACUGUUUUAAUUCAUCCACAUUGGAAGGUUUUCGUACAUGAACAGCCCGCUUAAGAUCAUGCCACAGCAUCUCGAUCGGAUUCACGUCCGGACUUUGACUAGGCCACUCCAAAACCUUAAUUUUUUUUUUUUUUUUUGAGCCAUUCUGAGGUGGACUUGCUGGUGUGCUUUGGAUCAUUGUCCUGCUGCAUAACCCAAGUGUGCUUGAGCUUAAGGUCACGAACUGAUGGCCAUUCUCCUUCAGGAUUCUUUGAUAGAGAGCAGAAUUCAUGGUUCCAUUGAUUAUUGCAAGUCAUCCAGGCCCCGAAGCAGCAAAGCAGCCCCAGACCAUCACACUACCACCACCAUGUUUGACUGUUGGUAUGAUGUUCUUUUUAUCAAAUGCUUUGUUAGUUUUUCGCCAGAUGUAACGAGACACACACCUUCCAAAAAGUUCCACUUUUGUCUCAUCAGUCCACAGAAUAUUUUCCCAGAAGUCUUGGGGAUCAUCCAGGUGUUUUUUGGAAAAUGUGAGACGAGCCUUUAUGUUCUUUUUGGACAGCAGUGGUUUGCGCCUUGGAACUCUGCCAUAGAUGCCACUUUUGCCCAGUCUCUUUCUCAUGGUCGAAUCGUGAACACUGACCUUAACUGAGGCAAAUGAGGCCUGCAGUUCUUUAGAUGUUGUUCUGGGAUCUUUUGUGACCUCUUGGAUGAGUCGUUGCUGCGCUCUUGUAGUAAUUUUGGUUGGCCGCCCACUCCUGGGAAGGUUCACCACUGUUCCAUGCUUUCUCCAUUUGUGUAUAAUGGCUCUCACAGUGGUUCGUUGGAGUCCCAGAGCCUUAGAAAUGGCUUUGAAACCCUUUCCAGACUGAUGGAUGUCAAUUAAUGUCUUUCUCAUCUGCUCACUGAUUUCCUUAGAUAGCGGCAUGAUGUGUUGCUUUUUGAGAUCUUUUAGCCAUCUUCAUGUUGUCAGACAGGUUCUAUUUAAGUGAUUUCUUGAUUUUACAAGUCUGGUAGUAAUUGAGUGUGGGUGUGGCUAGUGAAAUUGAACUAAAAAAAUGUGGUUACUUACAGUUCACUCACAAUUUGACAAGGGGGGCAAUUACUUUUUCACACAGGGCCAGGUCGAUUUGGAUGGCAUUUUCCCUUCAUAAGUGAAAUAAUCAUUUAAAAACCGCAUUUUGUAUUUACUUGGGUUAUCUUUUUUUGAUAUUAGAAUUUGUUUGAUGAUCUGGAACUUUUAAGUCUGGAAAAUGUGCAAAAAAUAGAGGUAAUCCGUUUUUCACAGCAUGUAUUUGGAGAGGCCGUAAUCAUAAUUACAACAAAAUGCCUCCGUCCAAAAAUACCAGCGUUCCCCUCAAAGGUGGUAUCAUUUACAGCUAUUAAUUUGUUGAUAUGAUGGCAUCAGAGAGCCGAGAAGCAUCUAGAGUAUCCAAAACUGUAAACCACAUCCGUUUUAAAUCUUGGCUGGAUUAUUCUGAGAGGAAACAGGAUGCUGUAGACGUGUUGCCUCUGCUGUGAACUCUGACCCCUGCUGCAUUCCCACCCUUCUGCACCAGUGGCUGUGUAUUCUUGUCCUUGGGCUCGGAUUUUACACAGCAGUGCCUGAUCCACCUGUUCAGGGCUCUCUCCAGCAAGCAGCCUGUGCUUCUGCUGUGCUGCCAUAUGUCAGUUUACUGGACUCUGAGUCAGAGCUUGACCAGAGAUUUCCACGGAAGAUCAAUUUUAGCCUCUUUAAAUCCAGGCUCAGGAACCUAGCCCUCCUGAAUUCCCCUCCCUAUUCAGACAGCCUGACUCUGAAAUAACAGCCUCGGAAUCUGUGUGGAAACUAUGAGGAGAAACAUUGGAAGAAAAAGAGAGAGUAGCUGAAUGGAUGUCACGCUGAGAUUUAAAGGAAGCAGCAUUAUUAGGCAGCGUUUGGCUAAAUUUAGCUCGACUGUUGCUACAUGCCUGUUAAUGUGUGGGAGGGAAACAAAGGCUUGAAAAGAGGGGAUGGAUAGCUCUUCUUCUGCGGGUUACAGUGCAGAAUGAAUGGACCAUGAGUGAAGAUGAAAACCGGCUCUCACAGCACCACAGAGGGGAUCACAGAGAGAUGUCUCUCUAGGUUUCAUUUGUUUCCAGGACGAGGAAAAGCUUAUGUUAGGAGGGUGUACCUGGGAUUUUAUGGAUGCAUGUGAAUUGUCAUACAUGUGGAAAUAAAACCCACCAUCUGUGUGUGGUUGAUGGAUCUGCCAUUCUGCUCCCAGGAGCUUCUAACGUCUUUGUCUCCUCUUCAGUCUCUUCAUAUGGAGCGUAUUUGUAAGUGUAUUGCAAGGAGACAGUUGAAAAUCAGCACGUAAUGAUUGAAGUCCAUGAGAUGAAAAAUGAUAGUUGAUGUCCUUUCUAAAACAGCGGAGGGCGCUGUCUUUCACUGCUUUUGCUCUUUAUCACAAUCGCAGGAUCUCAAAGCCUCAAACUGAUGUCCCCUAAACUGAUCUUUGUUCCAAACUGAAAGUCUCCACAAACUCAUCAAAACAGAGUGUAAAGCAACUGGGGUGUGAGAUAGAAAAAAGGGAAAUAAAGCAACAAAAUUCCCAGUUUUAUGAGUUUUUAUCUCCUCUAAGCUUGAGUAUCAACUGGGUUUAUAAGAAACUGCAGACAUAAUAAACCUUCAGCUGAGGUUUGUGAACCCUGGGUUGACUGUAUCAUUAGAUCCUUGAUUUAUCGACAGUUCAUUUGAAUCAUCUUACUGACCUAGCCUACUGGUCUAACCUCCUCCUAAGUCUUAUUUCUCUCAGCUUGUCAAACUCAGACCUUUUUCUCUCUCUGUGACAAAAGGAACGAGCUGGAGCGUCAGUUUCUGGAGCUGCUGCAGUUCAACAUCAACGUGCCGUCCAGCGUCUAUGCCAAGUAUUACUUUGACCUGCGCUCGCUAGCUGAGGCCAACAACCUCAGCUUCCCUCUGGAGCCUCUCAGCAGGGACAAAGCACAGAAACUAGAGGUGAGGAACGGAGUCAAAGAAAUCUGAAAAUGUAAAGUGAAAGUAAAGUUUAUGCAGAGCUGAGUCUGCCUGUCGCCUCAGCUCUGCUCUGACGCUCAUAAACAGCCUGUGGAUGAUCAGCAGGGUGAAAGGACGGGCGCAGGGGUGUGUUGCUGUGUAAUUAGCUUCACUGCCUCUACAUCUGUCUCUUCCUCUUCUCCACCCAUCUGCUUUACUGCAGUUAGCGUUACAAACAAACCCAUGGAGCAGUAAUGAUCUCUGUGUGGCAGAUCCAUAAUUAACUGUGAACAGAAGACGUCUCAGAGAACUCAUUCUAAUAUUUGAAGCAGCGGGCAGCUCUAAUGCACAGCCUGUAUCAUAGCUGUCGUCCACUCAGACCCUCAUGUUGUAUAUGAAGUCUCACUGCUGUUGCCCGCUCUCGUUGUGUCUCGGGUGUUUUCAGCUGCUCUGGCUGAUCUAGUCAAGUCCACUUCGCCCACACAGCACUUAGGCACAUUUGAAAAUGCCAGCCACAUAUUAAUGGUGCAGAAAUGAUGGUGUGCUGAGCUGCCUUUUGUGCAUACUGUGUUGUUACACAAGAAAAAUGUCUUUUUUUGUAACCUUUAAAAUCUGUUAAACAUUGUUUGUUUGAGUUUGGAAGAAACUCUGUUUUUUUUAAGAUAGAUGUCCUUGAAAUGUAAAACUCUGCAUCUGACUGAGAUCACCUGAAGAGACAAAGGUUUACAUUCAAGGACAAAUGAAUAGAAAAAGGACAGCCUUUUAUUUAUGUAUGUAUUUAUUUAAUUAUUUAUUUUACAUUUUCAGUUCUUAUAGCCAUAAAUAUUGAUUCUGAGAGCCUGAUGGCAUAUCCACUGUUAAAAGGAAUUUUUGAUUACAACUUGUUUUUCGGAUAAUAUCAUCUUUCGUGGUCACAACAAGAAAUGAAAGCUUUAACAAUCCUUGAACUCAUUAACAAUCCUAAUACCUAUCCAGGGAACAGCAGCAACAUGCUGAUGUUCAAGUGAAAGUUGUGUCACCAGUCUGGAUGUGUUUUGUUGUUUCAAACAAGGUUAAUGUGAUUGAAACUUACAAAUAUUCAGAGGGCAAGAAACGUUUAACACAUUCUAGAAGAAUCAACAAUGCAACAGGAACUUACUGAACAAGCAUGGAGCAACAGACAAAACAUAAAAAUGUUGGGAACUGCAGAAAGUUUAGGAGAGAUGACCCACAGUUGAAGGAGUUCAUGAAAAACCGGUGAACUUAUUUUUGAGGAAGCAGAUUAGGGAUUUGAGCCGGCAGUCUGAACAGAACACUGAGCCGCUGCUGUCGUUGCUGCUGCUUUGCAGACGUGUCUCUACCCACUCUGUAUGAUGUGAUCUCUGCAGACCAUAGACUGUAUAUACUAUGGACAACUUGGUUCCACCUUCCGCCUGUAUACGGAUUUGAAGCCAAUAGUUCUCGGUAUUUCCAGGAUUUUUCUUUAUUUCCUGAAACCAGCACUGCGCAGUAGCGAUGUGCGCAUUCGGCUGCGCAGUCGCCGAGAGUCGCUGUGGUGACGCUCGGCUCAAACAGCGUAUCCCCAGGGAAAGCUACGCAAUCCUUGAACGCCCAUAGGCUGUAUCAAGUGUCAAUCAUAGAAAAUAUGAACCCCCUAAUAACUUUUAAAAAUGGAGCUUCACAGAAAAAAAGAGGACUUGAGCACAAACCAGUCCUACUGUAACUACAUGUCAACAUCACAAGCAGGGGGGAGAAAAAAUUAUGUUCUGUGUAAUAAAUUUCUAAAAUUUGUCCACAGCCCCAUAAGCUUUGCUGGCGGAGGCGGGAUUUAUGACCUAUACUGCAGCCCAUCAACAGAAGGUGCUGUUCUCAGAGUGGCUUCACCCAGCAAGGAGGCAGACGCUGUCCAUUCUUUAUACAGUCUAUAAGUAGACAUUCAUGGUCUGAACCCCAACAACAUCAGGGGCAGAAGUUUGAUGACAAAAAAAUUGACUUUUGAUGUUAGACCAGGGAGUGUGCUCAAUCUGAUGGCCCAUUUGGCAGGUUUAUGACCUGAACAUGAAAAAGACAUCAUUGAUGCACAAGAGAGGACAACUAAAACUCAGAGUUGGUCUUUAUCUUGGGAUUUUAAAACAGAGAUUUCAUUUGGAGUCUGUAAGUAAUCAUUGUAUUUUUGAACAAUUUAUCUUGGCCUUUUUAAAAGACAUUUAAAAAAAACUAAAAUGCCAAAAACAAGAUCAUGGUAACCUUUUCUGUUUCAGCCAUCAGGAGCAGGUCAUUAUUGGUUAUUAGUAUCAGCCCCCAAAGAUUCAUGUCAUGCAAGUCAAAACUACACAGAGGAUCUGUUAGUUUAGGACAGAUUUAAAGGAGGGAACAAAUUGUUUUCUUUGUGAAGGUGAAAUAAUGAUCAUUCAAACCAGAGAUAAACGGGUCAAUGCUCAUUUCAAACAGCAUUUUACAAACAUUCACAGCGUAGAAAUCACAGCAGCUCCAACCUAGGACCGACAAUAAAGACUUGGUCAUGGAGAAAUCUGGUUAAAUCUCUGUAAAGAAUUUGUGGGAAACUAUUUAGAGGCUUAAAUCCAAUCACCACCAAAGGGCCAACCCAAAAAUAGAUAAUCCUGUGUCCCCUCAGCCAACUUCCUGGGAUUAUAAAGCUUGAUUUUCUCACUCCCAGGUGACACCACCCGAGUGUGAUUUUGAAAUAUUUCCUGUUUUUACCACCAAAGGAUGCAGCUCACUGUUUGCAUCUCACUCCUGCCCCCUUUUGUCCCUCAGGCCAUCUCUCGGCUGUGUGAUGACAAAUACAAGGACUUGAGGAAACAAGCCAAGAAGCGGUCAGUGAGCGCAGACAACCUGAUGGUGGUGCGGUGGUGUCCCGCCAUCAUUUCCUAA